GGAAGUGUAAACUAAAUAUUACUGUGGUAAUAUUUACAUCCUUUCUAUUUUACGAGCUUGUACAGUAAGAUGGAUUUCUGUGUACACAAACCUCUCCCAAGCUGCGUUCAGACUGUUCCAGUAGAGAUUGGGAAGAGCUUGCCAAGCUGGAGAGCAGGAGACGGGUUCUGGCAAUCGCUUCACGUUGGCUCUGCAGCAAAUCCUUAGACACCCAGAUAUUGAAAAUGGGGGUGCUGCCAACAGUUACACUCUGUACCUGAAACUGGAUGUCUGAACAAAGGUAAAAAAUAAAAACAAAACCCACAAACGUUAGUAGCAAGUGGUAUUUUGAUAAUAGAAUGCAAAACAAAAAAUAAAAAAAAUGGUGCGAGACUUUAAAUUUUUUUUUUUUUUUUUUUAUAUUUUCCUCCCUGUCCCCAUGUUUCAGGGUCCAUAUCUAACAGUUUUUUGUUAUCUCGAGUCGCCACAGACAAAUUUCUGCUGUCUUAAUUAAUUUUACCCUACUGCUUCAUUAUGUAAACAGGAGUUAAAUUCUGAAGGGGAAAUAGAGGGAAAAAAUUUGAAGGUAGAGAGAGAGGGAAAUAAAUGGGGGGGGGCGGGGAGGGCAUGGCUUGGUGGGGGGGGGGCAGAUGGAGUAGGAAGCAUAGACAAAAAAUUUGAGCUUGCACCACUCUCCAGUCACUUCCUUGUUCCAGGAAUCUGGUGUAUAACAACGCUUUUUGCUCUGACUCUCGAGGCUUUGUCUUUGGAUGUGCCCAGGAGAGUUGAGAUCCAAUUUUCACGAGGGUUUGAUCCUCCCACAGCGCUACAGCCGUGUGUCUUUACCUCUUGGAUUUUGUGUUUGAUUUUUCUCUGGUUUCCUUUACAAAUAAUUAUACAUUUGCACAAUUUUGCACUGUGUGUUUAGAUUUUAUGUUUUUAGUAAGAAAAUAUAUGAAAGUUGUCUACAAGAAAUGUUAAAUAUUAUUUAAAGGUUUUUUGUUGCGCACUAUAUUUGUCUUUUUUUUGUUACAGUUUUUGCCUGUCAAAGGUUCCUGGGCAUAUACGUAUAAAUUUUUAGCACUUUGUGACUGAUUGAACUAGAACUAGAGGGUGAUUCAUAUUUUGCUUUACUUAUUCCACCAUGGACAUUUUAGUGAGAUUUCUUGUGCAGGUUUUAGACAUUUAAUCCCCAACAAGAACAUACGGUAACCUUUAUUUAGGUGUCAGGAUUACUGGUUGAUCCAGCACGCAGAAAUAGUAUCACACCUAGGACUAAGAAAAAUGUCUAAUCGGACCUUAGAAUUAGGGAUAGACCGAUUUUCAGCCGAUAUUCGGUAUUUUCAACAAUAUUGGUAUCGGCCUAUAGAGAUACCGAUAUUGCCGAUAAUACAUACCAGGACCACCGGGCCCAUGACUAGCCUGGCGGUCCUGGAGGGCCCGAAGCAAGCUCUUACUUACCUUCCAAGCAGCUCCCUUCAGCUCCUCAGUGUAAAUCUCGCGAGUCCCGUGGCCCUCAGAGCGUUGCUACGGGUUACUAUGGCAACGCUGGCUGCGAGAUUUAGACAAGGGAGCUGCUGGGAAGGUAAGUAAGGGCUUGCUGGGCCACCACUGCACAGUCCAUGCCACCAGACCUCCAGGGAAUGCUAUAUUCCCCCCCCCUCCCCCCCUCCAUGCCAGGUAACAAGCAGGGAGGGGGGACUAAAAAAAAAUAAAAAAAUAAAAAAUGCCCCCCCCCCUAUUUUACACAAAUUACAUACCUACAGAAACACACACUACACAAACACACUCUGCAUUCAUUAUAUACACAGACUACACAAAUACACACUGCAUCCACUACACAAACACACACAGCUCUCCUGUCUAAACACACUGCAUCCACUACAUGUGGCAUUUAUAUUUUGUGCAUUUACCUUUAGAAAAAGUUUAUUUUUUCAAAAUGGUAAACAUACAGAAUAUCGGUAAAUUAUAGGCCUGAAAGUUCACAGAUUAUUGGUAUCAGCUCUAAAAAAAACAAUAUAUGUUGAUCACUACUUAGAAUGGCCGGACUUAACAUACCAAAGAAGAGUCAAAAUACUUGCAGAGGUCAGGAUACAGAAUGAGACAACGAUGAGGGAAAGCCAAAAGUCAGAAAUCAGCGAAGUCAAAAUAAAGCCAAAAGUCAAAAAACAGAAUAAUACGAUCAGGAACACACUCUCGGAUAACCAGCAAAGGGAAACCAUGCACGUUUUGGGGUCAGAGGCCACAUACAGCCAAUGUAUGUGGCCUCUGACACCAAAACAUGUGUGCACGUCUGACGUGAGGUCGCACGCACGUAAGCGUCAUCUUUAAUGUGGGCAAAAGCUAAAACCGGAACCACAGCGGCCGGCGUCUUUAGGAACGCGGCAUGCGCUGGGGACCGGGAUGGAAGGAGAUCGGGUAGUGGUCUGCCGCGAGCAAGGUAAGUAUUGUUUCUCUUGGCGUGACCGCUAUGUUUCUGUGCGGCCACGCUGACAGAAUCCCGUGGAACCGUGACAGUAGGGUCCAGAUAUUUCUGAAAGUAAAUGGACACUUAAUACUUCGAAUAAGGCUUUGCUUUUAAAGAUGACCUUCUGAAUGAUAUUCUGGCCAUCAUAUGCCAAAAGUUAGAUAGCACUGCCCUAAAGCUACGACUGAAAACAUUUUGUCUCCCGAAUUCUUAAUCUUCUGCCAAAAACAAGAACUGAUCAGAUUUUAAGUGCAGUCUGCAUUUUUAUUCACUCUUUCCUCAUUGUCAUGUCAGCGCUAGGAAAUCAGAUGAUUAUGGAAUGAUGCCUUUCGCAUAUUAGCAAGCAAUAUUUCCUUGAGCCUGGACGAUUGAGAUUACCAGUGAUGACACAUAUGCCAAGUUUGUUAUCACUGCCCUAAGGAUCUGGGAACCUGCACAUCUUGUAUCUAAAAUGACAUCUGUCAUCUGGUCACGUCUCCUUUUACAUAAAUAAGGCGAAAAAGACUCAAGCAUUAUCAAUAGGAAUUCCCCAUACAACACUACAUAUCUUAAAAAAAACACAUACCCACUUGACUGGAGAAAAUCGGCUCUAAAAUACUUGGGUAUUAAUCUAACUAACUCCCAACAUAACUCAUAUACCACUUAUGUACAAACUAAAAACACAACUGGAGAAUUGGAAAGAGAAGGAAAUUUCUUGGUUAGGAUAAAUCCACACUAUAAAAAUUAUGUCUCUACCCCAUGUCCUGUAUCUCUCCCGCGCCCUCCCUAUACUAGUACCAAACAAUGUACAGUACUGCAAAACCUGCAAUCCACAUUCAAUGCUCACAUCUGGAAGUAAAAAACACCUAGAAUACCAAGCCGUUUAUCCUGGCUCCCUCCUCAGAAAGGGGGCCUUGGAAUACCAAAACAUUAAGAUGUACUAUAAAGCCUCAAUCUUAUCUUAUGGUUUAUCUGUAUUGACACAAUCCCAUACACCGGUAUGACUUCCUUUGGAAGAUUCGUACAUUCAACCUAACAAACCUAAACACCUACUAUGGACAACCUCCAUGCCCCAUAGCUCCAUCCUGUCAAUACUACCAGGUUCAAAAUUUCUACUGCACAACUGGAGACAAUGGUCCCAAGGCUUGCUAGGCCCUAUCAGCUUGGUGUCAAGGGCUCCUAUACAAUCCGUUACAUCCUUAUCCAGAGAUAUUUCACUUAACAACUGGAUCAAAGGAGGAGCUACCACCCUAGGGUCACUCCAUGACGAAAAGGGUAUAAAACCUUUCCAGAUUAUGCAAGAAGAAUUCUCCCUUCUCCAAGGGAAAUAUUCACUUACCUACGAGUGAAACAUAUUCUAUCACAAAUUCAGAUAAAAAUAGGUGAAGACUCUUAUCUGACACCAUUUGGCCAAUGUUGCAUACACAAGAAACAACCCACUAAACUGUUGUCCCUUUGCUACAACGCUUUAAUGAACGUAGAAGCUACAGUUAAACUUCCAUAUAUGACCCAAUGGGAAGCAGACCUAGACAGCUCAUUUCCCAUUCCUAUAUGGUUACAGGUCAUCCAGACCACCAAGGCCUCAUCUAUCAACUUAUCCCACUGGGAAUCCUAUUGCAAGAUUCUGAUGAGGUGGUACAGGGUUCCCUUCAGGUUAGCCAAAAAUCUAUACGGGAACUUCCCCCGCAUGCUGGAGGUGCAACUAGUCAUCGGGCACGUUGAAACACAUUUUCUGGGACUGCCCUACAUUAAAAAAUUUCUGGCUCAAGAUACAAGAGGCCAUACGCACAAUCACACAAGUUCAACUAUUCAAACCAGAAUGCUUUCUACUACAUAUUGCACCAGAAAUUUUAUUAUCAUCGAAUAAAGUUGUUGUAAUUCACAUACUCCAAGCCGCAAAAACUAGUAUAGCAAGCCAGUGGAAAGGGGUGACCAUCCCUUCAAUACACAAGCUAUGGAAUAGGAUGGAGUCAAUUUACCAAUAUGAACAAUUGGCCUAUAGACUGAGAGGUAGAGAAACUGUUCACUCGAAAUUAUGGAAAAGCUGGAUGGGAUGCGCUGUCCUCUAAACAGGUCAAUCCAAACGCUCUCUCAAAACAAUACGACCCUAUCCAUUCCCUAGCCGAUACCAGAUAUCCUCUGCUCCCUGAUGGCUAAUCUUGUGUAAUGCAAUAGGGAUGACGUCAUGGUGAAAAAUGGUGUCUCACAACAUUUACCACAAUUCUCAAAUUAUUCCUUCCAUAAUGGACACAAUUUCCCCCUCUCCCCCAUCUGUCCCCCGCCCCCACCUCCAUCCAGUCACGGAUCUUCUCCCCCGUAUCUCAUUUCAUUACUUACAGUGCAUGUUUACUGAGGUAUAUGCAGCUGUACCUGCCAAGGCACAUGACAAGAAACAGUGUGAUAGAUGAAAAUGUACACGACAUAAUGAUAGGACUUAUUAAAACAUGUGCCUGUGAUGUUAUUUCCGAUGUGAUAUUCUUGUGUUAUAGUGCCUAGACAAUCAAAGUACUUUUACUAGGUUGUAUAAAGCAUACUGUAAGCCACUAUCCUUAUGUGCACUGAUGUUACUGAUACCUGUGUCAUUGCAGCUGCAUGGGCUGAUGUUAUGUGUACUGAUGUUAUAUAUACUGAAAAUUCUCAAUAAAAAGAGAGACAUGUGAAAAAAAAAAUAUGUCUCUACAGAAUAAAGCAUGGCUAAAGAAUGGCCAUGCUUAUUGGCCAAGAGUACUCAGUCUUGCAUGACCCAGCUUUGCUGGAGAAGGCAGGAUGCAGCAAAUGUGGUCAUGGGUCCCUGCAGGACCCAGGUAUGCAGUCAAAUCGUACUAUGCCGGUUUCCAUACUUGCUGUGGAAUGGAGAAAGGGCACUCCUGGCACCAUAAGCACUAUGGUGAGCUGUAGUGGUUAUGGUCUUUCUUUAAUGACAUAAAAAAUAAAUGUAUUGCCUGGACAGAGUGCUCUGCUGUAGAAAAGGGGAACUAAUUAUUUUAUUUUUAUUUCAAAGUAAAUAACUUUUCAUUUCCAGUAGUAUUCCUAUUACCCAGUAGUUAACUUGGCCAAGACAUUCACUUGCACACGUUCUCUGAGCUAAAUCAAACUCUGGCUUCUGUACUGUUAAUGCAUUUGGCAUGGCUCCACCAAACAGCUAAGGUUCCCAUCUGUUCCAUUUGCACAGGCACAGCCCCAGUUUUACAGCUAUAUAUCCUAGCUCCAUGCAGUAAAGCCCUGGGUCUAGGUUAAGUGUAUCAUUCAUGGUUUGGAAAUUGUACCUGGCCUAAAAAACAUUCAAUCUGCAAGAUUAUAAGGCGCUAAGCUCCAUUCAUUCAACAUCAGAAACAUAACGGGAUUCAGCUUUUGCCAGGAUUAAAACAAAUAUAAAUUUUUCAAAUUUCACCCUACACUAUAUAUCUCUACAGAGUUACUCUGUUAAUAUGACAUCCAAGUAUAUAUUACAUGGCAAAGCUUUGUUUAGUGAAAUAGGUUAAGGAGUGCAACAUGAAUCUUAAAAAAAAAACAACAAAAAAAAAAAACUUUAAAAUGCUACGUUUAUGCAUGAAGAUAGACAAACAGAGAGACGUACAGAAAGACAGACAGGACGUGACUGAUAUGCGUUUCAUAAAACACCUCCUGAGCAGAUAUAGAAAUUACCAUUUUAAUAUGCUACACAAUGGUCCAAAGACCAUUUCUCGUGACCAAUCCACUUUAAAUAACACACUAUUUUUAGGAGCAGCAGUCACAAAGGACAACUACUAUCAAGUUUUAAAUGCUCAUUUUUUUGAGUUUAUUACAUCUAAUGAAACAAUUAUUUUUUAAAAUGUACAUGGAUUGAUUUUUAAAAAUGUCACUUUUUUAUCUGACUGAGCAGCCAUGUUGGGUCAGUUUCUACCGUUAUCUUACUAAUGCUUGUCAACCUAACUUGAUGCUGCUGUUUCACACAGCACACAUGGCAAUCACAGCAGCAGGCAACUUUGGUUGAGCAGCGGUUGUCAGAUGACUGUACAGUCAGAUAAAAAAGUUACAUUUUCUAAAAUAAAUACAUAUACAUCCAAAAUAUUUUAUUCAAGUUUCAUUAAAUGUAAUGAGCUUUUUAAAAACAAGAAUUGGACAUGUUCAAACUAUAAUUUAUAUAACUUUAAUAGAUAACUUUAACAGUGACACAGGGUGCACUAACCUUUUUCGAGCAUUACCACCAGCUACAAGUGGCAAUUAAUUACAAAAAAAAAGGUAUAUAACAACUGCUGCCUAUGUUGUUUGGUAGUUACAGCUCUCUACUGAUAAUGAUACACCAGCAGAUAAGCUGGAGAGACAGACUCUCCAUGAAACUAGGGGCCCCUGUACAGCACGGAAAAUUAUAUAUAACCUAAGAUGGGGUUUGAAAACAUGUUGUAAUAACAGGAAUACUACAGAACAUGUGUGUGUCUGUGGAACAAAAAUACAUGCACAAAAGCAAGUGAAAAUAAUAUGCAGUGAGUCCUUACAGAGUCUGGAGCCAUCCUUGUGGUAACAGCUGCCUGCAUACAUUCCUUCUCGGAUUUCUUCCACCAUAGUUGGAACUCGGAGCUCCGUAGUACUAGCACAGCUUAGAGUAGAAGACGCUAACUCUGAAAUGCGCCCAUCUUUAACCGGCGUGGAGGUCACUUUAGGAAAAGCUUCUUCUGGAAGAUUUGCUUCAUCAUCCUGUAAUCUGGAUAUGUCCAGAAAGCCACAGCCGUUCUCAUGCAACUCCAAUUCUGUGCCUAUACUGGGGCCCAUGGUUCUAAUAUUGCCAGAAGAAGGCACAGGCGCUAUGUCAAUGGCUUUGCUUUCUGGAGGAGAACACGAAGAGCACUUAAUGGGGUUUAGAGGUAGUGUUAAUGCAGAUAGAGAACUAGGGCAAGAUGCAUUUUGUGAAGGAGAUGUGGACAGUCUGUUUGCAGGUGAGCUACUAGCUGCAUCUAUAAAUGGAGUUGUGUAGGGAUGUGGACUAUUACGGCACUGAAGAGGGGACUUACUUGACUGAACAACACAGGAACCAUCUCCAUUUAUACAGGGAUUGUCACUUUGAGAGGGGAUAGGAGCGUCUGGACCCAUACCGAGAGGGUUGUUCACAGUCAUAAGUGCAGGAUUGUUGGGUAAAGGUGCAACCUGCGUUGUGAUUGGAGAAGAGUAAUUUGAACAAAAUGGAGGCUGGCUUCUGCCCUGGGCAGACGCACAUGAAGACGUGGAAGGAGGAACAGAGUUUAGCAAGGAGUCACAAUGCUCUACUGCAAGGGAUGCAGAGGCAGAACUAGGAGGUUUGUUUAAAUCACAAGCCUUUUCUUCACCAGUACCUCCAGUCAUGCUCAUGCUUUUCAGACAGUGGGUGAGCAGUGUUAUAUCUGAUCCUGUAUUCAUCCCUGAGCCAAGGGUAUGCAAUGUGCAUUUUCUUAUUGCAAAGCCUCCAUCGCAAGGUUCGUCCUGUGUGGGGGUCCCAGGAGAGAGACAACAUGCAUGCACUGCUGGGGAACAGUAGUCAUUAGUCGUCUUCUGUUGGCUAAUAGCUGUUCUAAAAAAAAAAUAUAAAAAUAUAUAGAUCAAGGAAAAUAUAUUACUUUGCUGACAUUUACCAAACACCCGUCAUUCUUACAAAAUAUUAAAUCAUACGAUAAUUUUAUUCAAUGUCAAGCAAUGUUUUACAAAACAAAACAGAAACCCUUCAUUGUUACAAUAUAUUGAUCUCCAAGAGUACAAGAUGACAAUGUUAAAAUACGAUUUCAAAUGAAUAGUAAAAGUAAUUCAAGUUGUGUGCUGUUAAUAGGGACAUGAGCUGAUCAAGGAGUGCACUAUGUAAAACUUACACGAGAGAUAUGGCAACUUUUGGCUUGGGACAAGUAGAAAUAAAUAGCAUAUUUUUCACCCUACACUCCCAGACCUCUUUGUGGAUUUUUCUUCUCACAAAGCACAUAUAGCAUAUGGGUUUGACUGAUGGAAGCUGAUGAAGGUUUGAGGUGAGAUAUCUAGGCAGCCUCCAUCAGUAUGACAUGUACAAUUUAUUGAAGUACUCCCAGAAUUUGUGCAUGUCUCAGUUAUGGACUCUGUUCUCACAUCAAUGUCUCACCUCACCCAACAACCACUUGCAAAAAAACUCCACUUUAUACAUAGUCAUCAUAGUCUGGCAGCCGGGUUGGAUACAUCAAUGUCCAAAUGAAAUAUCAUAGGGGGCCAGUCCAGACCUGAAAUGCUGAGACAGCUGGCCAAGUACAUGCUCACAUAGAGCGGAGCUAGCAAAAGCCCUGCACAACCUACCUGCCUACCCACUUCUGUGACACAGCACACAACAUGUGCUAGGGGUCUAGGGCAAAAGCCCCAUUUGCCAUAAUGCAUGUGCCUUAUGCAUUUUCUGUGGGCCUAGUUACCUGAGAAUUGGCAAUACUGGCAUGGUGAAUGUGUGGAUAGAUGCAGUGCUAUAGGUAGGGAGUGGAUGAGCAAAUGGGGAAAUAGAAGAUGGACACAGUGACAUGGGUUUGGAUGUGGUGGAUGCAGACAGUAGCAUGUGGAUGGUGCAGGUGACACUCAGGAGAGAGAGCUAAUAAUAUUAAAUAUAAGUGGGCUAGCAAUAUAAGACGGGAGUGGGUUAAUGAUAUUGGCAAAAAAAAUUGAGAUAGUGCCAUAGGAAAAGAUUAAGUAAAUGUAAAUAUUUAGAUACUUCUGUGUGAACUGCAGCAAAGAAGAAGUAUUAGAGAUACCUUUUGUUUUUUUUUAUCUGUGUGUUUUCGCCUACUAUUUGCAUAAAUAUAAUACAGUGGGAUAGAUGCUUUGUUUGCCAAGCCACCGCAAUAGAUGGACAGCGGGGCAUGCGAGGUAAUACAAAGCCUUAAGGUCAAACGGUGAUGCAAGCUCCACCAAGGGCUUGUACCCUAAUAAACUAUAAAAUAAUAAUGAAUAUGAUCUCCACCUGGGGAGAUCUUUAAAUGCUGGCAAAAAAUAAUAAAUGGACAAAAUGUGAAGUAACCGUACAUAAAUUGAAAUGGCCAGUAUAGGGAUCUAAAUAGAGGGGAAAAGGGAACAAGGCAAGGAACCAUUAAACUUAUCAGUCCCCAAAAAAAGGCCUUAAAUAUCCUGGUUGAACUAGGUCCAAAAAGUAAUUGAAAUAAAAAAUCUUUAUUAAGUCUUGAAGUAAAAAUAGCCAAAUAGUAAGCCCCCCCCAAACAAAACAAGAAGGGGAAGGUACUAUACUGAAUCCCCUCUAUGAAGACUGAUAUGUGGUAGAAAUAAUGUCUUAAUAUAGACGUCCAGAAUAGAUAUUAAAAAUAGGACUAGAAAAUAUUAAAGACAAAGUGGGAGAGCUAAUACCUUAUAAUAGAGUAGUUUGUGAGCAAUAAUCCCUGUUAUAAGUAGAGGUAGGGAGAAGAAAAAGGAAAUUGUAAGGCACAGAGAGGAAACACACUUCCUUUAUAUACUUUGUAUAUAAGCCUCAAAAGAAGUCCCUAAGCUCUAUAAAACACCUUCAUGGGUGUUCUAAUCUAAUGCUCACUCUAAAUAGGUCCACUGCCUUUUACUACCAAAUCCCAACUGGCUAGAAGUAAAUGAAAGAAAGUAAAGUUAAUCUAAGUGUUCAUUCCUUUUGGUGCAUAUCCCUUAGUGAAAAAGAAAAAAACUAGAUAGGUGAAGUGAAAACAUGCUGGUCGCCCGACGCGCAUUUCGGUGUGCGGUGACACCUUCGUCAGGGGUUGAGGAAUUUGCAUAAUAUACUAUUUGCAUAAUACAUUACUAAAUGAGAGAAAAGUCCAGGGUUGCUGUAUCUCGUGCCAGCAUUUCAGGUCUGGACUGCCCGUAUGGAUGGGAUUAAGGGCCAGAAUCUGAAAGUGUUUAUGGGUCUAAUUACAUGAGUAUAUUAAAGGAACACUCCAAGCAUCAUAAUAAAACAAAGCAAUAUAGUGGUUAUGGUGCCAGGAUUGCACUGACUUCCCCUAGUAGUCUAACAGUAGUUAGAACAGUUUAUCUACUCCUGGCUCUAUGGAGGUGGUUGCAUUGACCAACAGAGCAUUUUGACCUACAUAAAACCACAAAAUUUAGUAAGUGCAUCUUUAAACUGUCAAUAGUGCAAGUUCUGUGGGUCACACCGAGACUCACCUAGAGUCAGAACUGUGUUUGCUAUUAGAAUGCUUCUGUAUAAUAUUCUAAUCUAGCCUGUAAAAGGCACUUGUCGACUCUAUAUUGAAGUAUGCAUGCAUAUAAUUUAUUACAGUUAAUCUGACAUGGUUUGAGAUUGAACCGAGAGCCUGAACCUUAAUAUAAAUCAUGAUUUGUGCUGGAAACACAGGCAGCUAUGAAAGACGUUUCACUUAUUUCCAACAUUUAUAAAAUAAUGUCUGCCUUGAUUUAAAAAAUACUGUAAUUGUAAUUUAAAAAAUACUCUUUGUGAUUAAUUACUUGAAACCAUAGCUACACACUGUGAGCCAUAGAAAUGAUUUUAUGACUCAUUUGGCAAAGAAAAUACAAUUUUGCGAAAUAAGAAAGCAAACAUGGUACGCUUUAAGUAAUUAUAUUGCUGUUUUUACCUGAAAAAUUGCACAGCAUAGCUGCCAAUUAUAUUCAUGAUUCACAUACUCAUGUUUUGUAUGAUAUGACAUGAUUACUCAUGUUUCUUUUCCCAAUAUGCUUUCUCUGGCCACUUUAUAUAAGACAAAAGAAGAGAGAGCCCUCAUAGGUCUUGGAGUAGUCAAAAGCUGUUUUUUAAUUGAAGAUACAGUGAACCAACAUCACGAUUUAACAUAUUAGGACCAUGUCAUUGUCAUUCGACUGAAUCGGUCAAGUGCUGAAUGACAAUUUUUGUGUCUUAAAAGGACACGAUAGGCAUCAAAACAACUUCAGCUUAAUGAAGGGGUUUUGGUGAAUAGGUCUUGGCAUUGCAGUCUCACUGCUCAAUUCUCUGCCAUUUAGAAGUUAAAUCCUCUGUUUAUACAGUCCUAGCCACACUUCCCUGGCUGUGACUCACACAGCCUGCAUAAACAAAAAUGGUUUUCAUUUUCAAUCAGAUGUCAACUUGCUUUAGAAAUGUCUGUCUUUCUCCUGCGCUGUAAAUUGAACUUAAAUCACACACACAGGAGGCUCCUGCAGGGCCUACAUUGCUAUAACAUAGCAUGAGAUAAGAAGUUAUCAAUUAAACAGACUUUCCAAUAAAGGAAGUUUAAACAAUACAUGUCUAUUUACAGGAAGUGUUUAGGAAGGCUGUGCAAGUUAUAUGCAGAGAGGUAGGACUAGGGAAGUAUAAACAAAAUGAUUUACCUCUUAAAUGGCAGAGAAUUGAUCAGUGAGACUGCAGGAGCAUGAUCUAAACACCAAAACGGCUUCAUAAAGCUAAAGUUGAUUUGGUCAUUAGACUAGUACAUGACCAUAGAUAGAUAGACAGACAGACACACACACACUGUAUGAUCUCACUCUGAACUAGAAUGUUUCUUUUGUUCUUAUUGUUGGAUUGUCUUCUUUGAAAAAAAAAAAAAAAAAAAACCUUUCAUAAAACUAUUUAAUAACACAAAUAUAUCAAUACCUUGCAGAUGGGGUCGGAGGUGUUAAAACGACACAGCAAUCACUGUGUGGAUGAUCCUCACCAGUAUUCAUUGAGUUAUUCUGUAAAUAUUUUGCCAUAACUGUCAGAAAAAAAAAAAAAAAAAGUCAGUGCAUGACAACCACUAAAACAAAACAAUUUGUGUAUGAAGCCCUGACGUGCGUUAGUUCAGCAAGGCAUUGAAGAGAAACCUGUUAAAUAUUAUGGGAUGCAUGCAAGUCAUUAGGAGUGAGUAGCCACAUUCAUUGUCAUGGCCAGUUUAGAGGAGGUGGAAGGUACUCUUCAAGUAAGUAUACCUUUUAAUCUACACAAUUCGGUCAGCAUAAUAUUUACAAUAAAUCCAUACAAAGUGUAAAUUUAAAGUUGUCACAUUAAAUUUAAAGGGACACUACCGGGACAAAACUUUACUUUAGCUUAAUAAAGCAGUUUUUUGUGCAUAUAGCAUGUCCCUGCAGGAGUUAAAUCAUUAUGGUUUCUGUUCAUGCAGUCCUAGUCACACCUCCCCUAUCUGUGACUCACACAGUCUGCAUGAAAAAUUGUUUCAUUUUUAGUCACAUGUUGCUUUAGAAGUUUUUAUCUCCUGCUUUGUAAAUUGAACUUUAACCACAUACACGAAUCCUGCAGGGUCUAGGAGGCUAUUGAGCAGGAGAUGGGAAAUUCUACAUUAAAGAGAAUUUGUAACAAAGGAAGUUUAAGCACCGUUUACAGAAAGGAUUUAGGAAGGCUGUGCAAGUCACAUGCAUGGAGGUAGGAGUAGGGCUGCAUAAAGUGAUUUAACUCUAAAAUGCAAGAGAAUUGAGCAGUGAGACUUCAGGGGCAUGAUCUAAACACCAGAACCACUCCAUUAAGCUGAUUUGGUGCCUAUUUUGUCCCUUUAAAAUAAAAAGUAACUUUAUGCAUUUGUAUUUGUUUUUUUAUUACACAGCAAUGUUACAGUGAUGCUGCCCACCACAUGUAUCCUACUAAGGGUUAAUACUUGUGUAGGGAUUCAUAAAAAUAUAUCUUUCUGUCUCAUUCUCUCUCAACUUAUAGCUAAAAGCAUCAAGUUGAAUUGUUAAGUGUAGGACUCACUGAAGAGCUUUGCUUCAACAAGGCAUAUGAGCUUACAUUUUAAUGGCCAUUGCCGUGGUACUAAAAAUAGCAAAUUAUUGCAGCCAUGAAGAUACAGCAACAAUGUACUUUAUCUAGUCCACAACCCCAGUCUGCUAGAUUUGAAAAAUGUUAACCUUGGAUACUGAAAUUUUAAAGGGGCCACCAACCACAAACAUUAAACAGGAUGUAGUGAGUAUAUUCACAUUUUUUCCAUCAGAUAUUAAACUGUAUCCAUUUUACAAUUACCAUCAUUGCAGGAGAGGUCGUGUGAUCUGGUUUUGUGCUGCAGAUCUUUGAAAGGAGUCAAAAGUGGUGAAUGCUCCAUCUCUGCACUCCGCAUAUAGUGAAAGAACCCAGGAAUAAGAAAUGUGAUGUUCUGUUGGAGAAAUGUGAUUAAAUACAAAAUAUAUGAAAUAAUAGAUUCUGUUUAAUAUUUUUAUUAGUGAUAUUGCAGAAGGUCUUGAUGGUAAGAUAUGUCUUUUUGCUGAUGAUACAAAGAUUUGCAUCAGGGUUUAUGUUCAAGGAGAUAAAGCCAUAUGACAAAUGAUUUAGGUAAACUAGAAAAAUGGUCAGAGUUGUGGCAACUGACAUUUAAUGUUGAUAAGUGCAAGAUAAUGCAUUUUGGGCGUAAACACCCAAGGGCAGAGUACAGAAUAUUUGAUAGAGUCCUAACCUCAACAACUGAGGAAAGGGAUUUAGGGGUAAUUAUUACUGAUGACGUAAUGCGGCACUGUCAUGGCCGAAUCCUGUUUUGUUUUUUUAACCCCCCUCCUGGCUCCACUAUAUCCAAUUGUCCCCCUAGUCACCCCCAAAUGCCCCUAAGCACCCCAUAUUACCUAUUUUAUCAUCUUUAUUUUCUGCCUGGACCUAGGUCCUGGGCGCUGCCAUCUUUGUUGGGUAGAUGAAGUCCCUGUGGGACACGUCAUCUGCCCACACUAGAUAGCUGUGAAAUUCCCACACAUGCCCAGUUAAACACUUGGGUAUGCGAACAGGAAUUUUAUCUAUUCAUUCGUCAGAAAGACAAAUGAAUGAAUAGAAAUGUCAAACGAACAAACACUGAAUAUCAGUGUUCGUUUGUUCAAUCAGUUUAUUACAAGGAGGGAGCUACCGGCUCACAGUUCCCGAUUGCCCCUACUCACUAUACCGCAUGUCUACUAAACAGUGAGCAGCCUGUGGCUGCUCACUGUUGUAAAAAACAAAAACAGAAAAACCCUAUUGCCUAUUGUUCUCUCCCCAGCCCCCCUGAGUGGCGUUGGGGGCCCUAAAGAAUAAUGAGGGGGGGGGACACACACCUAUACUUCCCCUAGCCCACACCCCUGAGCAGUGGGUGGAGGCAAUAAAUAACAAUAAGGGGGGGGGGCCUAUUGCCCCCCCACCCCUGAGUCACCCCCCCCCCCAAGGUGACUAGGGGUCCCCAAGCCUUUAUAAGCCUUUCCCUGCCCUGUGGAGCUCAGUCUGUGCCGUGCCCUCGUCGGGUGAAGAUGGUUUAAUUUUUUAGUGUCGGGUUUUUUCUUUUUCGUCGGAUUUGUUUUCGCACUCUGUUUUUUUUAUUUUAUGUUUAGUUAGACAGGUAUUAUGGUUUUUAUUUGGCCUUUUUUUUUAUUUAUUUUUUACAGGUACUUAGUUUGUUAUUCCCCCCUCACUAUUUUUAGGGUGAGGGGGUAGGUAGGGGAAUAUUAUUUUUUUAUUUGGGUGGGGGGGGAUGACUAGGGGCUUGGGGACCCAAGGUGGGGGGAGGGACACAACAAUAGGUUGUCGUCCCCCUUAUUGUUAUUUAUAGUCCCCAUCCACCGCUCAGGGGUGGGGGCCGGGGGGAGCUCAAGGGUGGGGGAUAUUAAGGUGUUUUUUGGAGGGUGGGGGGUGGGUUGUUUGUUUUUUUAACAGUGAGUAGCCCCAAACGGCUCAUUGUUUAGUAUACAUGCCCCUACUCGCGAUAUAGCAAGUAGGGGCAGAAUUUACUAAUACCAAGUAAUCUUUACUUAGUAUUAGUAAAUUUGGCUGGUAGACCAAUUUAGGUCUUUCACCCUUUUGGUAGAUAGCUCCCUGAUACUGUGGGAAUUAGGGAGUUAUCUACUAUCUACGAAUAGGAUCGGAAUUUAAUUCAUUAGAAUUAAGUCCCGAAUUGUGUCCUAACAUGAAUAAACAAUCUGUUCUCAUUGUGUUAGGAUGCAAUUCGGCAGUUUCGCCGGCGUUCUGUCUAAAUAUUGACAAGAAGCAUCGCGGGAACAGGGAGGAAGACUUAGACUUGUGGGGAAAUUUCUUUGACCACUGGAAAUGAAGCACACUUUGCUCCUCCUCUGGUCAGAGAUGGUCAGGCGUAGGACACCUCCAUAAGACAAAUAGUCCCUACUUUGUCUUAUGUUUUAAAGAGAACUAGAACAGACAGGAAGAAAUGAAGAACAGAUCCUGAGAGAGGGAGAGAAGAGGAAUCGAUUAAAGAAAGGUAAGUUCGGCAUGACAGUGCCACUUUAAAGGUAGGCAGACAAUGUAAUAGAGCAGCAGGAAAUGCUAGCAGAAUGCUUAGUUGUAUAGGGAGAGGUAUUAGCAAUAGAAAGAGGGAAGUGCUCAUGCUAUUGUACAGAACACUGGUGAGACCUCACUUGGAGUAUUGUACACAGUACUGGAGACCUUAUCUCCAGAAGGAUAUUGAUACUUUAGAGAGAGUUCAGAGAAGGGUUACUAAACUGGUUCAUGGAUUGCAGGAUCAAACGAACAAGGAAAGGUUAAAGGAUCUUAACAGCUUGGAGGAAAGACGAACAAAGGGUGGGAUUUCAUAGAAACAUUAAAAUACAUAAAGGGAAUCAACACAGUAAAGGAGGAGACUAUAUUUAAAAGAAGAAAAACUACCACAACAAGAGGACAUAGUUUUAAAUUAGAGGGGCAAGGGUUUAAAAAUAAUAUCAGGAAGUAUUACUUUACUGAGAGGGUAGUGGAUGCAUAGAAUGCCUUCCAGCUGAGGUGGUAGAGGUUAACACAGUGAGGAAGUUUAAGCAUGCGUGGGAUAGGCAUAAGGCUAUCCUAACUGUAAGAUAAGGCCAGGGACUAAUAAAAGUAUUUAGAAAAUUGGGCAGACUAGGUGGGUUGACUGGUUUUUAUCUGCCAUCACAUUCUAUGUUAUGUUUCUAAUAUAUUUUCUCACAGGUCAGUACUGCAUUAACUAAAGCAUCAUGAGAAUAUUGCUUGAAUUAACACCAGCCUAGUAAACCAAUAAAGCACAAGUAAAAAAAUGAAUCAAUGGCUGAUCUAAACAGACUGCAUAUAAAUACAUAAUAGAAAAAAAAAAAAGCAGAAAAACAUGUAAAAACAAUGUAAAACAAACCAGCUGCCUUGAGAACAGUUAUUUCAUGCAAGGACAUUGCACAGCAAUAUAAAUUGUAUUAAACUGACAAUCAUGGGCUGAUUACAAAGCCAUUUCUUAUCUUGUCUAGCACCUGGCUAAAUUGGGAGUAGGACGAUUCUGGCCUGUAAGCCUUUUGUUAUGGACAAAAUGAAAUGAACAAAUGAAUUUCAUAAACAAAGCAUUGUGGUGAACUGAAAAACUAUUUUAAUAAAUUUUGGAGAUUGUUUUUUUCUAUCUUUUUUUAGGUUGAAUUUUGCAAAUUUGGUUACCAAUUAUGAAUUAUUUUUUUUAAUUUUUUUUUUAUCUAGAGCAGUUGUUUUCAACCAGUUUCCUUCAUGCUACCUCAAAGUGUUCCAAAACACAUUGGCUUCAGGGCUAUUAUAGGACCAACGCUGUCCUUGUACUGUGUUUUGUUUUUUUGUUUUUUAAAUGUGUAUCUGAAAAAUAAAAAAAAAUAAUUUUAAAAAAGGAGAAAAAAAAAAAGAAAGGAAAUGGCAUUGGUUAAUACUCACCUUCCCUAAAAGUUGUGUUGAGUCGUAGCCAAACAGAGCAGCCGAAAAACUACCAUUCAGUCCAUGUAUGGAUCCAUCUGGACGCAGGGUGAUCAGGCCACUGAUAGAGGACAGGACAUGGAGUCUAGCGCAAUAUUCCUCCACUCCAGGGACGCCUUCCAACGGAUUCUCUAGUAGAUUUAAAGUGAGCGGGAAGGUUGCUCCAUCACGUGUUAUACCGACUAUUCUCUGCUGUCUUAUACUCUGAAACAGAAUUACAGUAUAUUAUUUGCGAGAUACUUUAACAAUGUAUUUGCUAUUAAUAAAAUGGGGUGUUUUGUCUUCUUAAACACCAAUACAAGAAUGAUAAUUCUAUUCUCAUUUAUCAGUCCUAAUCUCUUUAAACGUUCAAUCUGUUGGGACCCUUUAAAUGAGAUGGCCAUGUAGCUGUAAAUUAAAGCAGAAUGGUUACUUCGGAGAUUUAGAAAGAACCAGAUGGAUAAUUAUGAGUUACAUUUUAUUUGUUUUGCUUUUUUUUAAAAGUUUUAUUUUUCUUUAAAACUAAAAAUACAGGAUAUAUUAAGAAUAGGAGACCAAAACCUAUCAAAUGCACUUAAAUUGUGUUGCUGUCUGAAGUGUGCCCUUAAGAUAUCAUUACAAGCUUUCCAGAAGACAACUACUGCAAACUAUUAAAUGCUUGUUGGGUUCUCCAUAUUAUUUUACAAGUGCUUGCAGUGAUGUAUAUCUUAAGCAGGCCUUUGAGAUUUUACCCAUUAUGACUCAUGCAUAGUGCUUUUUAGAUCAAAGUAUGUUUAUGCUGCAGGGUUGCAUAAUAUGAAUUUAAGUAGGUCAACAUAAUUUCUGUAAAUCACAAGCAUAUUGGUACCUGUGGCAUCUCUCUCCCAGGAAGUGGGUAAUGAAUGGAGGGCAAUAAGUCAACCAGGCGCUGUCCUAAUAGUUCCUCAGGGUCCAUAUAGCCAUACAACCGUGCACAUAUGUUAUCACAGGACACAAUCCUUCCCUAGAAAAAAAAGAAGUAUAAAGUUAUUGCAGGACUGACCAGGAAAUGAAAAAAAAAAAAAAGGGGUGGUAAAAAUAGUAACCUCAAAAAUUAAAGAAACAUCCCAAACACAUAAAGCAUUUCAGUUUGGUAAAGUGGUUUGUGUGUGCCCCUCUGUUUUAUUUUUAAAAAAUUGCUAAUUUCAACAGGAAGCUGCUCUUUUAUAAAUAAGCCUUGUUACACCUUCCCGGCUGUCAGUCAUACAACUGUUCUUGUCAUUACCUGGAUUUUUAGCUCAGUGGAGCUAAACCUCAAAAUGCGACAAUGGCUCAGAGCACCUUGGCUUGCCAACACGUCUCACUGAGCUGCAUUGGGAAGUCUGUGAUUGAACAACCACAAAAAGUCUGGGCUGGGGAAAAAGGGGAGGGCUUAUAGUAGCUGCAGAUACUAGUUCAGCAAUAAUUGCAAGACACAAGCCAAGGUUUCACACUCCCCCCCUCUCCGUCCAAAAAAAAAAAAAAAGCUAAACAAAUUACAAGAAUAAUUUCUUUUGGGCUCUAUUUAAAAAAAAAAAGAAAGAAAAAAAAUUUAAAAAAAAAAUUUAAGUGUAGAAGUUGUACUUCUCCCUCUUGGACAACCCUAAGUAAGCUAUAUUGGCAGGAUCGGCAUCUAGCUUUUGCAGUUUUGUAGAAGUGGGAUGUCCUAAACCCUGCUUUAUAGGACCCUCUGAGCCUGGCAUGACCAAGUAAGAGGACAAACAGUUUUAAAACGGUUUGCCCACUAACUAGAUAACGUCACCUAUAUUAACUCUAGGAAGUAAUUAGAAUAAUUAAAAGGACUAAUACAGCCAUGAUGGGGAGAGACUAAAUAAUGCUUAGGGAAACAUUAGCAACAGUGUCCCACAAUAGAAGCACAUUAAGUGACUAGGUGCAGGAACAACAAAGUUGCACCUCAAUAUAGAAUGAACCCCCCCCCAAAAAAAAAAAAGUAUAGCAGGAGGUAAAAAAAAUGGUUAAGAUGAGGGUUGGAGGGUCAAAAAGCCCCACUAGCAUCAACCUAAACCUCAAUAAAUCUUCAGAGGGUCAGUUGUCUGAUGGAUUGGAUGAUAGCAUCCCUCAAGAGACAAAGUGUAAAGUGUUUAAGUCGAUAAUACUCACAUCCUGCUGAAAUGACAGUGUAGCAGUGAUUCUUUGUAUAUUCUCUAAAAACAGCAGACAUUGGUUCUUAACUCUUCGUAUCCACAUGCGCAGUAUAAUCACCUCUCCCCCAGAGCGCACAGCUUCAACCUGAUAAAAAGACAUUCAAUGAUCAUUGUACACAAACUCAACUGUAGGUCACAAUUCUAAAAAUGGCACAUUCACCAUAACGAGUAUUAUGCGGGAUCUGCUUUUGAUACUACUUUUCAAACUUUGCCCAGAAUUGCACUUUUUUUCACCAAAAUGUCAAGAGCUUGAGUAUAAGAGCCAAGUGAUGCUACACUUUACUUACCACUUCCCCUGGUACCCGUGAAAGUCCAUCACCCUCCGUAAGCUCCUCUUGUAGCUCCUCAGAAAUCCUGUGACUGGAAGCAGGGAUUAGCACAGAGAGGCUCAUCCCAAUCAGCUCUAAACUACUGUAUCCAAAGAGUCUGCAGGCUUUAUCAUUGGCCAUCAAAAUCUGCAAAAACAAAAAUAUGCAUUUUCUAUACAAGUUUAAUAGUCCUAAAAAUGAUAAAUCACAUGUACCAGAGCCCUAUCACCCCUGGCUCUGGGUUUGAAAUGCUCCACUUGAGAGGGAUAGUUCCCACAGCCUUAACUUGAACAUUUUGUAUAUAUACACACACACACACACACACAAAAUUUGCUGGCAUACCCACCACUACUACCAAAGUAAGAGUUUGUAACCUUUUAUGUUAAUAAAUUGUUUGAGAUACUAUUCAAUUGGGGGUUCCUGUCCCUCUAUUUUCUCCUAUACUGCAUAGAAAAUUUGUAUACAUCUGACUGAAUACACAGUUUGGAGACAUCCAUCCAUCCUGAUAUACUGCUGUGGGAAUUAAAAUUGGUUUUCUAAAAAUGAUAAAUGUUGUAGGAGUAACUCUUUAGUAGGAGACAGGAAAGAAACCCAACAUACACUUUGAACGUACAUUAUUGUAACGUACAGUAUUGUAGUCAUUUUUCAUUUACACAAAACAAUGUCUCUUUACUUUUUGUAUAUGAAAUGCUAGCUAGCUGUACUGCAGUAAAAAUCGAAAUUUUAUUAAAGACACGGAGGCUCCUAUUAUGCAUUCUCUUUCUUUAUUAUACUCCCAGCAGCAAGAAAAGGAAGUAUGAGAGAAUCAUCGAAAAAAAACAUAACAGCCUGGUAACAGUGGCACCAAUCAGCAUCCAGUACUAUCCAUAUGGGUGUGGUGCUCCUUGACUCCUCCUCUUUCUUGCUGCUCCCUCAGACAAGGUAAGUACCUCAUCUCUUGCUACUCCUGUGAUUUUCAUACAGGUUUGUGUAUUUUGUGACAGAAUUUUUGGCUUAGUGUAUGUUAAUGCUCACUGUUAUUGCUGGUUUAUUUCCUGCUGGUAUCUGGGAGUGCUGCCUAUUGGGGUCUCUGGGACCCUGGUUUUCCCUCCUGUCCAUACUUCUGAGUAGUGUUUUACUCUUUUCUUUCCCUGCUCAUUCAGUUUUAUUAGUGGUGCAGCAGGGCUGACCUUAGCCGCUCACCGUUUGUCCGCGGUUUCAUACAGUCUGCGCAUGCACGAUCGCUCAUUUUACCGUUUUCCCCUUUCAACAUAGAUCUCUUUGCGUCUCGACUGAACACCCAACUCCCUCAGUUCUUCAGUUGGAGACCAGACCCAGAUGCUCUGGCGACAGACGCAUUCUUACAAGACUGGACCAAGGGCAAGAAUUAAGCUUUUCCACCUUUCAACCUAAUCUCUCGGACCCUUGCAUGCCAUCGCUAUUCCACAGGGACUCUAGUUCUGAUAACCUCGAUAUGGAGGUCACAACCUUGGUUUCCACAGUUUCUAGAAAUGUCGAUAGAUUUCCCACGGCUGUUGCCGGACAUACCUUACCUCCUGACCAAUCCAGAGGGAAUGAGUCACGAGUUGAUCGACCAGGCUCUACUUCAUCUGAUGGCAUGGCUCCUUUCAGGAGAACAUGGAAUCUCUAGGAGGUUUCGCAGACGACACUCAGUCUCUUGGCAGAGUCUUGGGCACCAGACGUUCCUACGGGUUGGCUAGGAGGAAGUGGACUGAUUGGUGCAUGGGACAAUCAGUGGAUCCCAUAUCAGCUCCUGUUAAAAUUCUUGACUCUACUCUUUGAAGAAGGAAAAGCCUUUCGGACUAUAAAUCUGUACAGAUCAGCUAUAUCGGCGAGACAUAUGGGAUUGGAUGGUACUCCAAUACGUAAACAUGCCCUCAUCUGUCGUUUGCUCAAAGGCAUCCGGUUUGCUCGACCCCCUCAGGCUCUGUAUUCUUCCUUCUGGGAUGUUAAUGUGAUUUUUCGUUUUCUCGAGUCUUGGCCUUUGAAUCACGAACUUUCUCUUAAACAAUUAUCAGCUAAGCUGUUGAUGCGGUUUUGUUUACUUUCAUGUAAACGGGUUGCUAAUAUCAGAGCAUUGGAUUGGCAAGCACGCGCUUUUGUUCCUAACGGAGUAUCCUUUAAUAUUUCACGUAGGACGAAAUCUGCGACUAAGGAGGUUUUCUACCUGUUUCCAGACAACCCAAAUCUGUGCCCAGUGUUAUGCCUUAAGGAAUACGAGCGCCGCACGAGCUCGCUCCGUUCAGAUCGAACCCAUCCAUUAUUCAUCUCGUUCAGAGUACCUCAUCUACCAGUAUCAACUCCUCUAAUCUAUUGAUUAAGUUACAGGUCAGUCAUGGGGCCUUUGGAAUGACACGAUACGGUAGGUACAAUGUCAUACACGACACGAAGGUGAGUAAGGUAUGUGAUGAAUAUACUUCUAUGAUACUUAUGGUGAUUGAAUAACAUAGUGGACGAGUUGGAUAGUUGUGGAAUAGCAGUCACAAGUUUCGAUAUUACCAUAUAUUUCUUCUUUUUUAGCUUGAAUACACCUGUGAGAGUUGGCGGUUGAAGCUGUUCCCUGUUGAAUUUCCGGUUAUGGUUUUGUUUCAGGAAUUCGUGUUUGUUGGAAUAUUUUGGAACUUACAAUAUGGUCUUCGGGAUCUAUGCAGAAAGAGGAGGAGUCAAGGAUCACCACACCCAUAUGGAUAGUACUGGAUGCUGAUUGGUGCCACUGUUACCAGGCUGUUAUGUUUUUUUCUAUGAUUCUCUCAUACUUCCUUUUCUUGCUGCUGGGAGUAUAAUAAAGAAAGAGAAUGCAUAAUACUCGCUUCUGUGUCAUUAAUAAAAUCAUGACUUUACGUCACGUUAAUAGUAAAAUCUGGGAAUUUUAACCAGUACCUGAGAAGUCUUUGUGCAGAUUGUCAGAACAGCUCUGCUUGCACUGCGCCCAUAAAUGGGCGAGAACGAAGUGCUAUCAUCUGGGGUGGGAAUACCACUUGCAGUACCCAAAGGUGAUCGGGACAGAUUGUGACCAUUUGCUGAAGACAGACUAUAAGAGCUCCAAUCUUCUCCUAAAAAAAUAGAAUAAAACAUAAAAUUUGUUUCGGUGUUCCUCAGAAUAAAACGCAGUAAGAGCUUUAAGUGUGAAUAUAUACAAAACCUCCAAACACCAUAAUCACUGCUACUGUAAUGAUUAUAUUGCUGGGACCUUAUUUAGGAGUAGAGUGGUGACAAGAGGACCUCAGGUAAGAAGUCAAAACUCAUAAACAGUGUGACUACUUACACUUGGGAGUGGGAGGCACAAGGGUACUGUGUAGUGGCACAGCAAGUUGCAGUGGUUAUGGUGUUUAGACUGUUCUGAUCUCCAGGUGAUGUUUGUGCAGUUUACACAUGAGGUUUACCUGUCAGACUGGCAGUAUUCCAGUGGCCCCGGUCUCGACCACAAUGAUGCCUUCUUUUUGGACUUGGGAUUUGAGGGAAAGAUUUACUCAGUGGGGAAACAACAUGCAAUGGAGAACUGGGCGAAUCUGGGUGUACUGAAGCCGCCAUUUUGGAGCAAUUAUGGUUUGCCUUUGGCUAUGGAGAAAAAAACGAAAAAAGAAAAAAAAAAAAAAAACAGAUAAAACAAAUAUUAUAAAGUCACACAGUUAUUUAUGGGAGACUCAUUAUUGCAUUAUUGAAAACAGUGAGCAGCAUCUACUGAGGGCCAUGCUAGUUAGACUGUAGUGGUUCAACACAAGAACAUAGUGUCAUUAAAGUAGAGUUUAUAAUGGUGCGGGUUAGUGCAAUGCAAAAAAAAAAAAAAAAAUCACUUUGACCAGUUCAUCCAAAUAAAACUCCUUUUAAUCCACACCUUAACAUCUGGAAAAUAAGUUAUUUCCUGGACAUAUGGAUUAGUUUGGGUAAGAUUUAACUAUUUUGAAUUCAACGAACCAACUGUAACAAAUUUUUGCAAAAGUCUCAGUAUACACCAUAUCCUUUGUGGACACUGGAGAUUCUAGGAACUGUAAUGAAGAUUAUUCUUUUUUUUUCCCAAUUUAAAAUUAUUAUUAUCUUUGAAAUAAAGGUAUGGGGUACAGAAGAGAAGAGGGAAUGCAUACAUAGCAUGGGGGUGACACAAUCACAUUUCGUACAUCAUGGUAGCUUCAUGUUAAAGUAAGGGCGUAGUUCGGAAGGUUGAGGAGGUAUUGCCAAUUGUUCAACCCCUACAUUGUCGUCAUGUGUCUGUUACGUUAUUAACCCUGUGGUCUUUCGUAGGGUAUACUAUGUGGUAGGUGUCCUCUGUAAUGAGAGUGUUGUUCGUGUGCGCGACAAUGGGGAUGUUCGUGUUUUACGCGUCCUUUCACGGCUUGGUCUAAGUUUGAGAGGACUUCGCCAGCGUGCAGAGUUGUGGGUUAGUUACUUAGAUGUGUCUGACUGGGGUGGGUAUUGGGGGGGGUGGGGGUCAAGAGAUGUGGGGAGAAACUGGGUGUGUGGGUUGGGGUAGGGAAUGAUGGUAGGAAUACCGAGCGGGGGACCUCCUGUGAUGUAUAGCAUCUGUAACGUCAGUAUGUCUGAAGCGCUGUGUGGUGCCUUGCUGAGUGUUUGGGAUGAGGGUGUGGGGUGGUUGUGUUCUCGGGCAGAGAGUGUGCCUGGUUCGUGAGAAUUUGUCACUUUUGGGUGUUGGGGCUCAGGUCAGUCCUGUGUUGGUUCGUUGUAGGUAGUCCCUCCACAUUGUGGCGAUGUGGGGGCUGAGUUUCCCAAUUUUCGCUUGGUUCCACAUUAUUAGUUCAUGUUCUACCGUUGAGGUCAUUACAUUUUCUAUUUCUUGGAGCGAGGGCAGUGUAGUUGCUUUCCAGUUUCUGGUUAUUAGUAUGGACACAGUGCUUAGUAUGAGGUAUAUAAUUUUUUGAAUCGGUUUCGGGGUGUUUCCUGGUAUCGAGCGGAGUAGGAUCGUUUUGGGGUCGUGAGGUAGUUGGAGGUUCGUGACUCGUUUGAUUAGUUUAGCUGUUUCUUUCCACAGGCGGUUCACCUGCUUGCACGUCCACCACAUGUGCAGCAUGGUGCCUCUAGUAGCGUGGCAGCGCCAGCACUGAUCUGAUGAGGUUGGGAAUACGGUGUGAAGUCGAGUUGGGACCAUGUACCAUCUGUAUAGGAGUUUCCGGGAUGUUUCAAGAUGUGCUGCGCUUGAUGUUAGCCCUACAUGGGAGGUGAAAAUCCUUUCCCAUUCGGAUGGAGUGAUUGUCACGAUUCGGGGAACCCAACACGCUGGCACACACACACACACACACACACACAAAAGGUGCCGUACCGGACCUUAGAGUGGCCGGGCUAAGCACACACAGAAUAGUCAGGAGACAAGCCGAGUAAGGGGAACCAGAAGACAGAAUAACGUGAAACGAGCCGAGGUCAAAGGGUAGGAGAAAGUCACAGAGUCAGAUAAACAAGCCAGAGAGUACGUAACCAGAAGCACAAGGUAAGUAGCAAUACUAGCAAGCAAAGACCACAACAGGGCAGGGAGGAACAGGAAAGGUAAGUAUUUAAACCAUCAGGUUAAUUCUGAUUGGAUAAUUUCCAAUCAGAAUUAACAAUCACACGUGGGAGAUAUUUAGACCUCCCACUGUGAUUGAGGCACUGUGCCUUUAACGCCGGGUCAGGUGACUGACCCCGGCGUGUAUAAACCUGGGCGGUCUCCCAGCGUGCAGUGUCAUGCAUGCUGCCGCUGGGGGACGUGGAGGGAACGGCGGGCGGCAUCCGAGGCUGGAAGGAUGCCGCUCGCCGUACCCACGAGGCGGAGGGGACCGCGGACGGCUGGAGGGUGAGUACUGCGAGCGGAGUGCAGCCUCCCCUCGCAGCCGUCCGCGGGAGCCUGACAUUACCCCCCCCUCGAAGACCACCCAGGGGGUGGGAAGCGGAAGGCUUCAAAGGAAAGCGGGCAUGAAAGGAGCGGACCAAAGAGGGAGCGUGCACAUCGGAGCUUGAAACCCAGGACUGCUCCUCAGGGCCGUACCCCUUCCAGUCCACCAAAUAUUGCAGCCGACCCCUAGAAACACGAGAGUCGAGAAGGGCAGCCACCUCGUACACAUCGUCAGAGACAGCUCGAGGGGAAACGGGCCGCCCGAGGGGACGAGAGAAUCGGUUACACAGCAAGGGCUUCAAAAGCGAGACGUGAAACGUGUUCGGGACACGCAUGGAAGGAGGCAGAUCAAGGGAGUAGGAAACGGGGUUAACCCUACGUAACACCUUGAAGGGACCAAGAAACCUGGGGCAAAUUUCAUCGAGGGAACCUUGAGACGGAGGUUCCGGGAGGACAACCAUACCCUAUCACCCGGAAGAUAAGAAGGGGCCGCAACCCUACGGCGAUCAGCAAACUUUUUCUGAGCAGCUGCUGAACGAGACAGCGCAACAUGGACCUGAUCCCACGUCUUCCGCAAAGAGGCGAGGUGCUGGUCCAAGGCGGGCAUUCCCUUGUCGGAGAACGCACCGGGAAGGACAGAAGGACGAAACCCAUAAGCAACCUCAAAAGGACUUAAGCCAGUAGACGAAUGAGACACCGUAUUCCUGGCAAAUUCAGCCCACGGAAGAAGGCGAGACCAGUCAUCCUGGUGCGCAUUAGUGAAGCAGCGCAAAUACAAUUCCACAGACUGAUUAGCACGUUCGGCCGCACCAUUAGAUUGCGGGUGAUAGGAGGAAGAGAACGACAAGGAGACCCCCAUCUCAGCACAAAAGCCCCUCCAGAACCGAGAGACAAAUUGAGGGCCCCUGUCAGAUACGAUAUCCUGGGGUACCCCAUGCAAUCGGAACACUUCUUUGGCAAACACCUGAGCUAACAACCGCAGAAGGCAGUUUCUUAAGCGGAACGAAGUGCGCCAUUUUAGAGAACCUAUCCGUCACAGUCAGUAUCACCGUCUGACCAUCAGAAAGAGGCAGGUCUACAAUGAAAUCCAUGGAUAAGUGGGUCCAUGGUUUCUUGGGUAUAGAUAGAGGCAUCAUAAAACCCUGGGGUCUCACAUUAAGGGACUUACAUUGCGUGCAGACCUGACAAGCCUGAACAAAAUCCACUACGUCUCGCUUGAGUGAAGGCCACCAUAACUGUUGAAGGAGGCCCUUGUAGGUUUUGGUAACCCCCGGAUGACCAGCAGUUUUGGCUGUGUGAAAUAAAGUUAACAACUUUUUUCUGUCAUUAGCUUCAACGUAUAGUUUACCAACCGGCGUCUCAGGGGGUGCCUGGGUUUGGUAUGUCUUAAUACUAUUAAGGAAAGGUGAAGAAACAACCAAACGGGUAGCAGCUAUUAUCUGAGACGCAGGUACAAUAGGUUCAGGAGUCGGGUUAACAAAUUCUACUGGUUCAUGCUGCCGAGAGAUAGCGUCAGCUUUGGCAUUACGGCAACCAGGUCUAUAGGUGAUAACAUAUUGGAAGCGUGAGAGAAAUAGAGACCAUCUAGCCUGCCGGGCAGAUAACCUUCUAGCAUCAGCAAUAUAGGAUAGAUUCUUAUGAUCUGUUAUAACCAUAAUUUUGUGUCUAGAACCCUCUAAUAAGUACCUCCAUUCCUUGAAAGCUAACACAAUAGCUAAUAAUUCCCUGUUCCCAACAUCGUAAUUCUUCUCUGAAUCAGACAACCUUUUAGAAAAAUAACAACAGGGAUGGAGGGGUUUGUCAUAAGACAACCUCUGUGACAGUACGGCUCCCACACCUGACUCCGAGGCGUCUACUUCCAUAACAAAGGGAAGAGAAGGAUCAGGGUGGUGCAGCACUGGAGCAGAGGCAAAUGCCUUCUUGAGGGUUUCGAAGGCCUUAAGGGCUUCAGGAGUCCAAACCCUAGGAUGUAGACCUUUUUUUGUCAACUUCGUUAUGGGAGAUAUGAGUGGUGAAAAGUUUUUUAUAAAUUUCCUAUAAUAGUUGGCAAAUCCUAUAAAACGCUGGAUAGCCUUUAGUCCUUGGGGAAGUGGCCAGGACAUUAUAGCUUCCAAUUUAGCAGGAUCCAUACUGAAACCCUGUUCAGUAAUGAUAUAUCCUAGGAAUUGCACAGAGGUCUGAUCGAAUAAACAUUUUUCUAACUUACAGUAGAGUCCGUUCUGCAAUAGCCUUUUGAGCACCAUCCUAACAUGGUUAUGGUGUGACUUCAAAUCAGGAGAAUACACAAGUAUGUCGUCAAGGUACACUACAGCACAGACAUGCAAUAGAUCCCUAAGGACAUCAUUUAUGAGGUCCUGAAACACGGCAGGAGCAUUACACAAUCCAAAAGGCAUGACCAGAUAUUCGUAAUGCCCACUGCGUGUGUUGAACGCUGUCUUCCACUCGUCAUUCUCCUUUAUACGGACAAGGUUAUAAGCCCUCCUGAGGUCUAAUUUGGUGAAGAAUUUAGAACCUUUAACACGAUCAAACAACUCAGUGAUGAGGGGGAUAGGGUAGGCGUUUUUAACCGUUAUAUUGUUCAGACCCCUGUAGUCUAUACAUGGCCUCAAAUCGCCCUCCUUCUUAGCCACAAAAAAGAAACCAGCACCAGCAGGAGAGGAGGACCUUCUAAUAAAACCUUUUCUUAGGGAUUCCUGUAUGUACUCCUCCAUGAUCUGGUUCUCUUUUUCAGAAAGAGGGUAGACCUUUCCCCUAGGAGGCAUAGUGCCCGGUAAGAGGUUUAUGGCACAAUCAUACUCACGAUGUGGAGGUAGCUUAUCUGCCUCCCUCUUUUCAAAAACCAAGGCAAGGUCUGCAUAAACAGAGGGAACAGAAACCGAGAGUGGUUUAGCCGUGGGCACGUUAAGUAAACAGACAGGACGUACAUGAGCCAUACAGUCUCGCUGACAAGAUUCCCCCCAGGAGAGUAUGUCUAAACAACCCCAAUCAAGAACAGGGUUGUGUUUAACUAACCAGGGAAAACCUAGAACGAUGGAGGCUGUUGGGGAGUCAAUUAUUUGGAAGGUUAACUUCUCCUUGUGCAAAACACCCACAGACAUAACUAUUUCCUGGGUUUCAUGGGUCACCAGAGGUUUCUCCAGUGGUCUACCAUCUAUGGCCUCAACGGCCAAGGGUGUCUCCUUUCGGAUCAAAUUCAGGGCUGCGGUUUUGGCAAAGGUCUCAUCCAUAAGGUUGUCUGCCGCACCCGAAUCGAUCAGGGCUUUGGUUGUUAUAGUGGUUUUAUUGACCAAGAGAGAAACCGUAAUAAACGGUCUAGAGAUGGACAUAUGAGGGGACAAAGUCAUAACACCCGAGGCCGACCCCUCUCUAGGCCUUAGGUGCUGCAGUUUCCCUGUACUUUAGGGCAGGCUUUACAGUGAUGCCCCCUCUUCCCACAAUAAAGGCAUAACCCCUCCCUUCUACGGUACGCUCUUUCGGCCUCAGUUAACCCCGUAAGAAACCCAACUGCAUGGGUUCAGGACCUUAGAGUGGCCGGGCUAAGCACACACAGAAUAGUCAGGAGACAAGCCGAGUAAAGGGGAACCAGAAGACAGAAUAACGUGAAACGAGCCGAGGUCAAAGGGUAGGAGAAAGUCACAGAGUCAGAUAAACAAGCCAGAGAGUACGUAACCAGAAGCACAAGGUAAGUAGCAAUACUAGCAAGCAAAGACCACAACAGGGCAGGGAGGAACAGGAAAGGUAAGUAUUUAAACCAUCAGGUUAAUUCUGAUUGAAUAAUUUCCAAUCAGAAUUAACAAUCACACGUGGGAGAUAUUUAGACCUCCCACUGUGAUUGAGGCACUGUGCCUUUAACGCCGGGUCAGGUGACUGACCCCGGCGUGUAUAAACCUGGGCGGUCUCCCAGCGUGCAGCGUCAUGCAUGCUGCCGCUGGGGGACGUGGAGGGAACGGCGGGCGGCAUCCGAGGCUGGAAGGAUACAGCUCGCCGUACCCACGAGGCGGAGGGGACCGCGGACGGCUGGAGGGUGAGUACUGCGAGCAGAGUGCAGCCUCCCCUCAUAGCCGCCCGCGGGAGCCUGACAGUGAUGGUGAUUUGAAGGUCGUUCUGCCAGUCUUGCAUGAACUUCCAUGUGGCGUUUACAUCUCGGUUAGCGAGGUUGUUGUAGCAAAGAGAGACUGCUUUUUUGGGGGGGAUUCAGCGACAAGCAUUGAGUUUCAAAUUUCGUAAUAGAGGUUUGCAGUGAGUUUUGGAUGUUCGUGAUCUUGUUGUUGCUUAGGAGCGCUUUGAUUUGGAGGUAUGCGAACGUGAACCUUGAAGGCAGUAGGAAUUCUUUUCGUAGGUCUGGGAAGGUUUUUAGUCCUUCUUUCGUGCAUAGAUGGUAGAUAUGAGUGAUUCCUGCGUUACUCCAUUUUUGGUAUGGGAAUGUUCCGUUGCAUUGGUGCAGGAUUUGGAUCAGGGUUGCCAAGGUCCACGGGUGCGCCGAGCACAGUUUGUCCCUACAGGCAUCCCAUAUCUUGAGUAAGUGUCUGGAGGUGUCUAGGGUGGUCGCGGGUGUGUGCCGUAAGUGUUGAGGCAUCCAGAGCAGCGUCGCGAGGUCUUGAUUCCCGCAGUGGUUGCUCUUUAAUGUUGGGGAGGCCCAGUCCUCCGAAUUUCACAUUUCUCAUUAGUAGCGAUUUGGGGAGUCGAGGGUGUUUGCCUCCCCAGCUGAAGCGUAGAAGGGUUGCUUGUAGUUUUGUUAUGUAGCUUUGUGGGAUUGGAAUUUGCAGAGAUCGGAAGAGGUAGAGGAUUUUAGGUAGAAUUGUCAUCUUCAGCGCCGCUAUUCUCCCCACCCAGGACAAGAACAGGCUUCUCCACGUUUGUAAUUGGGUGUCAAUGUCUUAACAAUUUCGAGGAGUUAGCUGGGAAGAGAUCCUUUUCUUUGCGUGUUAUUUUGAUGCCUAGGUACACUAGGAAAUCUUCUCUCCAAUCGAAGUGGUGGCUUGCUUUGAGCGUGUCUUCCAUGGGUUUUGGAAUGUUGAGGCACAUUGCUUGCGUUUUGGUGACAUUGAGCUUGUAGUAGGACUGUUGGCUGUAUGCAUGUAGUUCCGUGUGUAGGGAUGGGAGUGAUAUGAGUGGCUGUGUGAGCGUAAGGAGGAUGUCAUCGGCAAAUAAGCUGAGUUUAUAUUCUGUAUUGCCAGUCGGUACCCCAUGUAUAUUGUCAUUAUUGCGGAUCGCUAUAGCCAAGGGUUCCAAGGCUAGCACGUAGAGGAGAGCGGAUAGAGGGCAUCCUUGUCGGGUCCCAUUUGUUAUGGGGAAAGCUCGUGAGCAGAACCCGGAGUUCAGUACUGUUGCCGUGGGUGCGCUGUAUAGUGCGUUAACUGCGGAUAGGAAGGGGGCAGGGAGGCCGUAAGCUUGUAGGGUUUCAUGGAGGAAGCGCCAGUUUAGGCGGUCGAAUGCCUUUUCGGCGUCGAGGGAUACCAGGACACUUGGUUGUUUGGUGCUCUUCAGGAUUUUGUAUAGGUUCAGCACCUGGUGUUGUCCGGUCCCUGUCUGCCUGCCACGAACCCCACUUGGUCCGUGUGGAUUAGUGUCGAUAGGAGACGUUCUGCAUAUAUUUUAGCAUAUAAUUUUGCGUCAGCGUUUAAAAGGGAUAUUGGUCUGAAAUUUUCGCUUGUGGUGGGGGGUUUACCCGACUUGGGGAUGGUGAUAACGUGGGCUGAUAAGAACUCCGUUGGGAAGGAUUCAAGUCGGGCGGCCUCAUUGUAAAAGCUAGUGAGGGCUGUGAUCAGUUCGUGUUUGAAGGUAAUAUAGUACAAGUUGGUGUAGCCAUCUGGGCCCGGUGCUUUCCCUUUUGGCAUUUUGUCUACCUGGCUGAGAACUUCAUCUGUGGUGAUAGGGGCGCAUAGGCUUUCUGCUUGAUGCGCUAGGAGUUUGGGGAGGUUUAGUUUUGCUAAGUAUGUACGUAUGGAUGAAGGGGUGGGUUGGGUCUGGUUUUCUCGGUCUUUUAGGUUGUAUAAUGUGGUGUAGUAAUGUGAGAAUUCGUUACAAAUCUGUGUGGGUUGCAUGACUUUGUGCCCUGAGUGUGUGUUUAGGUAUGGAAUUCGCGUGUGUGCUUGUUUUGCUCAUAGCCUUUGAGCCAGUGUUUUCGUUGCCUUGUUUCCCAUGGAGUAGGAGGUAGCCUUGAGUUUUUUCAGUGCAAUACUGGCUUUCCUAAGUUGGAUUGUUUUGAUGUCGUCUUGUACUAUCUGUAUUUGCAGUUGGAGAUUCCGAGAGGGAUUCACUUGAUUCUCUCUAUGGAGGUCUUGGAAUUGUUUAAGGAGGUUGAGCAGGUUCGCGUGGGUCGAUUUCUUGAGGUAGGAUGCUCUGCUGAGUAGAAGUCCCCAGAUGACCGUUUUGUGCGCAAGCCAUAGCGCAGCUGGGUUUGUUCCUGUGAUAUCGUUGGUUGUGAAGUACUGCUGGAUUUCGUGGCGGAGUUUGGCCGUGAAUUCAGGGUCAUUAAGCAAGGACUGCGGUGCUUGUAUUGGUAUAGGUCUAUGAGGUCUAUGAGGGUGAGUAUCACCGGGUUAUGGUCCGAGAUGGUUGAGGUGCUUAUCUCACAGGUGUCGAUCUGGUGAAGGUGUGCGCUAAGCAUUAGGUAUCCAUCUAUGCGGGAGUACGUGUUGUGUACUUGUGAGUGGUGGGUAUAUUCCCUAUUGUUCGGGUGGAGGGUUCUCCAUAUGUCGUAUAGUCCGUGUGAGGCUAGUGUUUUGUUUAGAGAGGUGCAUUGUUUGUGCAGGAGCUUAUUUCUUUUGAGCGUGUGACUCGCCGUUGAGUCUGCUUGUGGGUCCAGGAUGUGGUUGAAAUCUCCGCAUAGGAUCAGUGCGUAUUUGCUCUAUUUUGUCCAAUAGUGUGGACAUGUAACUGGGUUGAUUGUCAUUCGGAAAGUAUGCGUUAGCUAGUGUGUAUGUAGUGUUGUUCAGUGUGCAUAGGAGGAUGAUAUAUCUGCCCUGUGGGUCGGUUUGGACUGCGAUUUGGUCAUACACCAGUGUGUGGCUUAUUAAGAUCGAGACUCCUCUACUUUUGGAUGGGGAUGUGGCAUGGUAUUGGUGAGGGUAGUGUUUGAGCCCUAGGGUGGGUGAGGAGUCGUGCCUGAAAUGGGUUUCCUGCAGGCAGAUAAUGUCGGCUUGUGAGUUACGAAUUUCCUUGAGAAGGUUAUAUUGUUUGUGGGGUGUGUUUAGUCCCCUAAUAUUGUGCGUGUACACUUUCAUUGUAGACUGACUACAAGGGUCAAUGGGAGUAGCGUGGCCCUUUGUGCGAGAUCUUUAGAUUUAUUUUGUUUAUGUCAAGUCGCCACGUGGUGGCCGUUAUGCGUGUUUGUCUGGUGUGAGGGUACUGCCGCUAGGGAGUCUUCGAGUUGUGGGUGAGGAGUGAGUGUGGUCUCGAUGUGUCCCGCCUUGGAUGACAGGCGCAAUCAGUGGUCGCGAUGUGUCCCGGUAUUUAAGGGGGGGCACCAACUGGGUGCCGUAAUUGGGUGAUGAAAAUUAAGGAAGGAGAGUCUAACAAUAAACUAAAAUAUAACACAAUGGUCACUUUCAAGGAUAUUCUUCUUUGGGGGUAGAGUGGUCGGGUCGGGUCCAGCUGAUGGCUGUCUUGGGCUCGUUGUGUGUAGGCUUUUCCCGUUGGGUGUUUACAAGGGUUUUUCUCUGUGGGCUUCAUCUUGGUUCAGAGUUGGGCAUUGUUGCGGUUGGGGAGUGAACCCAACUGUGGUGGUUCAUGUAUCGGUUCCUCGGUCAAUAUUUAGGAGGAUAUGCUAGGGGGAGGAUGCGGCCAGUCUAGUAUGGUAGGCCGUUUCAUUCGGGGCCUAUUGUUUGCCCUGGGGUUGCGAGAUGUCGUGUAUGCGGUCACAUUCAACUGAGGCCUAAGUGUGCCUAUUCGUCAUGCGGGGGUUCGGUCUGUACAAACAACGUGGCAUUGUCAUUUCUAUCACAUGCUCAUCGAUCUCUACUAUAUACAUCACAAUGCAUCAGUUAAAUAUCGCAAAACAAUACAUCAUGGUACCCUUUGUGUCCUCAACAUGUGCUUUAGGGGCUGAGGUGGGCAUUCUCAAUACACUUUGAUAGAGUUGGGCCUCCUGUCGGGUGUGUAAGAGCAGCAUGUCCCAUUAGUCCCCCCGUCCUGACCCUUCAGUACCCUAGUUCCCGGCGCUGCGGGCAGGAGAGUUUCCGUGCCCCAGUUGGGUGCUGUCUCCCACUACGGGCCUAUUCGUUUCGGGAGGGGUAGUUAUCGAGGUGGUACGUCACUCGUAGCACCAUACAUAUCGUCACCCUUACUGGAUCAAAUUUUUAUGAUUCUCCAAGGGUUAUGACUGGGUCUUGCGGGCUAGUAGGCCCAGUCGUGGCCGUGCCCGACAUCCUUUUACUGUGCCCUUCGAGUUAGUUUGUGUCGACAGUAGUGUGGCAUAAUGCGGUUAUUGCCCAGGGUAUGGGUAGAUUUAAGCCCCAGCAUGGGAUUGUCAACAACAUUUAAAUUAACUUAUUAACAUAAUACAAUAUAGAAAACAAAAGAACACUUGCUAGUCCUUGGGAGGUCAGCGAUCUUCCUCUCUUUGCGCCGCUCGUCGUUGCCUUUGUGGGCGCCAGUCAGCCCCUGGUGCCGUGCUUGAGCUUGCGUGGUGUAGGUUCUGGACAAGGCCCCAUUUGUGCAGGAGAUCUAGCCCUUCCGCUGGGGUUGAUGCCGUGGUGAGGAGUUUCGCCGGGUAGCCCCAUCUAUAGGGGAUGUUGUGGUGCCUUAGUACCUCAGCCACUGACUUGAAGGAUCUUCUGCGUCUAAGCGUAUCUGCUGAGAGGUCUGUGAAUAGGAGGAUAUCUUUGUACUUGUCUGGUAAAUCUUUUUUUGCUCUAUGGGCGCGAAGUAUCUGGUCUUUUACGUGAAAGUAAUGGAGCUUCAUGAGCACGUCUCUUGGCGUGGCAGUCGGUAGGUGUUGUGGUUUGGGGAUUCGGUGUAUUCGAUCUAAUAGGAGCAUGUCUGUUGGUAUGUCUGGUAAGACAUGUCGGAAGAAUUCCACCGUGAAGGCCGUUAAGUCGUGUUCCCACCUCCUCUGGCACUCCCUGCAGUCUGAUGUUGUGUCGGUGGGAUCUGUCCUCUACAUCUGUAAGCUUAGCCUCAUGUAGGGAUAGUCUUUUUUCCAUUUCGCUCAGUCUGUUGUCAAUCGCCGUGUGUGCUGUGUCAAUAUCCUCCAUCUUUCCCUCCAGUUGGGAUGUCCUUGCGUCUAUGACAGUAAUAUCUGUCUUUAUGUCAGCAAGUGCAGAUGUGAUUGUUACUUGCAUUUUUGAGACUGCUGCAUCAAGCAUUUUCUGCAGUAGAUGAGUAGUUAGCAGGGUGUCCGUUCUGUAUUCUUGUGCGCCCAUGUGGUCGGCAUCAGGAUCAGACUCGACGCCAUCUUGGGUGUGAGUAUCGGUGUGCUUGUGUUGCGGCGUUCUGGCCGCGAAGAAAGCCGCUUUGUCUUUGGUUUCUGCAGCUUUUUUAGUGCGGUGUUGAAACAUCGUGUUGGUGUGUCUGGUGUCCGGGAAUCCGCCUAAUUGUAAGUUUUUAGCCGCUUUUAGGAGCCCAAAACUGCGGAGCUCUUUCAAUGUGCUGCCAUCUCCGUUCGACGUCCGGCCACGCCCCAUGAAGAUUAUUCUUAAUAGGCACUGCAUGGCUGACAAUGAGAAUUACAUUUCACAGAAUUUUUUGUGCAGGUGUAUCCCAAACGAUCCCUUACUUAUGCUUGAGAACUGCCUAGGACCAACUCAAAAAUUUUACUAUAGAUGGUGUUGCUACGAACUACGCUGUAAUUUUGCUCUCUUAUGAAUGCAUAGUCGCGACAGUGUCUGAAGCAGAGUUCUGGCUCCAUACAAAGGACUUAAUCUACUGAAUAACACUUUUCAACAAAGAGAAAACAAUAUAUUUUGUACCACCAGUUUCAGAGAUAUCGAUUCAUCAAGUAUUACUAUAUUGUUCUGAGAUACUGCUAAUUUUCUAUAUUAAAUUUAUUUAAUGUCAAUGCCGUACAAUAAGUAGUCCAAAGAAAAUAAAGUUACAGAAAAUACAAGUUGUGCAAAACCAAACAUACAAUCAAAAAAUAAAUUGGGUAUAUGCUUGUUCUAAGUUGAUCUAACCACCAUAUUUUUCUUCAUUUAGAACAGAGAUAAAAGCAAUAUAGUGGCAAGUUUCAGUUUUACAGAACCAACAUGAGAUACAUUUUGUAACUUCAGCAUAAUUAAAACCUAACAUUACUAUGAUCGUUCACUAAACUCUUGAUUUUUGCAAAUCCAAAAUGGAAUAACCAGCCAAAAAAAUAGUUCUGUAAAACUUCUUCAACUCAGCCAUAGUCACGAAUGGCUAUUUUGUCUAAAUUUUGCCAUUUGUGUUUAAUUCACCAAAUGGAGUGUUUAGUGAAUAACUCUGUAUGUGGGUUUUGUUUUUCAGUAUUUCGAAGAAGAGGAAAAUGAUAAAAUAAAAGGGAUGGAGACAAGACAACAAACGUUACAAUUUCUUUUCCUGGUCGUAACAUUGAUAAAAAGCUUUUUUUUUUUUUUUUAAAAACAAAAACAAAAAACAAACAAAAAAAACUCUUAAGUGGGAGGAACCAACGCCUGCACGAGCUGGACGCACAUUGAGGCAGCUCCGCACACUUACCCUGUUCUCAUUAGCUAAAGCCCAGUACCAGCAACGUGAUCAAGUGCAUAAAGGCACUAGCCAGCUACCCAACAUUAUUGGGGAAAAGUCCAAGAAGCAGUGAGCGGAUCCGGGAAUGGGAUCCAGAGAUAUCAGGGUCCUCCUCCGCACGACCCCGCAGCCGGAAUCAACAAGGAUGGCACCCGCUGAGGCCUACACCGUGAUGUCCUCUGAUGAGGAUAGUGAUGCAGCUGAUAUCAUCCCUCCGCCUAAGGCAAGCACGUUAACUUGGAAACCUGCUAAACUGGGUGACUCUGCCCCAUCCACCAAAGCAGACAUUAAGGCUUUAAUGGCAGAAAUUAAAACUAUAUUUAAACGCAGAUAUGGCUCCGGUUAGGGAGGCAAUUAAAACUCUAACCAAUAGAAUGCAGGGUAUGGAGGAAGGCAUGGAGGGCACCAAACUAGCCCAAACGGCUACUGACGCCGCCAUAGGUGCACUGCAAAUACAAAUGCGCGGAACGACAAGAGCAAAUAGCCUUCAUGGAGGACAAGGCAGAGCACGGCACCUGAAAAUCCAGGGAGUACCGUAAACAAUCUCAGGUGCGGAACUUCCCCACUGAUUGCCACUCUGCUGAUGCCGAAGCAGGCAAAACAAAUGCCCACGGGGUUUCGCUUCACAAAAGGCACCCAGCGCAGCCCAACACGCACCCAGGGAUGUUCUGAUGAAGCUAAUGCGGGAAUCCGACUGUGGAGUACUUAUGGGGGCCGUGAGAGGCUCUCCUUUGGUGACGUUCGAAGGGGCACAGCUUGCAUUCUUUUGGGACUUACCUAGGCAUACCCUGGUAUGGCAAAGAUCCCUCAAGCAAGUAACCCAACUACUACAGGAACAUUCCAUACCUUACAUGUGGGGACCAUGCCGACUAAUAGUUGACAAGGCCAGCAAGACACAUCAGAUUGCGCAUCUCUUCGAAGCAUCAACUUUCUUCCAGGCCCUAGGCAUAGCGCAGAACAUUCUGGCAGCUGAUCGCCCAUCGUAGAAUGAUGUGGGAGUCACCCCGUUCAUGCCCAGAAGGGGAGUGCUUGACACGCACACCCUACCCACCUGAAGUUCAGGGCGGCAGGCAAUUGUGUCUACUUUAUGAAUUGUGUCCCUAUGUUGCGCUGUUUACUUUUGUUAUUAAUUAAUGACCACACUGUUUACACCCUGGAUCCAUAAGCCACUGAUUUGGCCAGUUGUUAAGUCCUUUCCCCGCCCUUAAUCUAACGUGCAAGGAAACGGUGAUGCACACGCACAAGCAAAGUACUGCACGCUCGGCUACUAUACCGGCCUUCUGGAUAGGUAUUCAUACUUAUGUCUAACUCCUCUAGCUAUAGAAGGCACCUACGCUCACCAUCCACACCAUAUAUUCCUUAUAUUAGCCCAAGUUUAAGAGCGCACCUAUGAUAAGUUCCAAGGCGCGAAGUCCACUACCUGCACCCCUCUAAAUAUAGCUUGCUUUACCUCUCCUACAUGUCUGGGGGUGAAAAAAUUAGUUUAUCCUAGCUAUGUGCUAUCAAUGCCAAUGUUUCCAGCAUGUACUUCUCUGAUUCGCAUGUCAUGUUAUCUGUUACGCUAUAACUCGCUAAAAUAAAUUAAAAAUAAAUAAAUAAAUAAGCAGCUCAGAAAUGUAACCUUCAACAAUAACUACCAGACAAAAUGUGAAAUUAGUUCAAUUCACAUGAUGUACUAAACCUUCUGUAAACUGACAGUAUCUUUGGAGCAGUGUAGUCAUCUAUCAUCCUUUAUGGAUGUCUGCCAAUCUCCAACGUACUUUCCAUCUGCCACCGAUCACUAAAUGCAUUUCACAUAUGUGAUGGCUAAACACCGGCUCCAUAAAUGCUGCAAACUACACCUCCCAUGGUGCUCAGCCAGAGCUUUGCCCGAUUGCUGCCACUGAAAAAAAAAGGCUAUUCAGCACACCAAGAGUGCCCCAGGCUAGACAGCAGAUGAACGCUAACAGGGAUAUGCACUAAAGUGAACUGCAAGAUAAUUCAAAGUAUCUUUUAAAUUUAAAGGAAAUGCACAAACGUGUAUUCUGGACAUUAUAGGUUUAAUAUAGCCGUUUAAGCAGCCGGCCCCUCUUGUAAAAUACAAAAACAAAAAAAGACAAUGUUUACAUGAAAAGGCCUGAAGGGACAUGUUAUAGACACCAGAACAGCUACAUUAAGGUGCUGUUAUUCUGGUGGCUAUAGUGUCCCUUUAAGGCCAAAAGAGGCAGACUAUAAACAGAGCCAGAUUGUGGGGUGUGGGUAGGGGGGGAGGCUUUCAGCCUAAAAUGUGUAACUUUGAAUGCCCAGCAAUUCCCACCUUAUUGAAUAGCACUGAGAGCAGGGCAUUGCCAGCACUAUAAGCACAGCAUUGUCCUGGGUCUGACACAAAAAGAGUCAUCACACCCUCCAUCCAUCCAUCCAUACACACACACACACAGCGCUCUAACUGCCCCCCCAUGGAUAAUAAUAAACAAACACAGCCCCCCUUUAACCAGCAAUUACCACCCACCACCACCACUGCCCCAACUCACACCUCUUAUGUCAUCCUUCGCAGAGCUCGGCUACAGUUAGACGGAAAAGGCGGAACUGGGAGGUUUGAAAGCGCCGCCCAAUCAGAGACCUCGAGACAGGUGACGGGAGGCAACUUAGCCAAUCACUGAGCGGGAGACGGCGCCGUGACAAACCACGCCCCCCAACUACUGAAAAAAAAAGAGCGGGGCAGCGGUUGCCAUGGACGCUGUCAACAGUCCAGGGAGGUUGGUAUGGAUGGACAAUUCACAUCCACAUCAACCACCCCAACACCUGGCUGCUGCUCACUGAGAAUGUGAUGGCUACUGUGAAUGUCAACACACAAUAAAGCUGUUUUUUGUUGGGGGUUUUUUUGGUCAGACGUGUUUUGCUUGCUGAGGUGUUUAUGUUUUUACUAACUGCUGUUACACGUUUUAUUGUGACAAUAGAAUAUAUAUAUAUGGUUGGGUGACAUUUAUUAGUUAACCUGCAUCACAUACAGUUGCAGUAUGCUUAUGUUACCAACCCUUUGAAUAACAAACCCACUCCUAGAUCAAUUAAGGUUCUGGGUAAUUUGCACACUCCAAUGUGUUUCUAUCUGCUUUAAUUGCAAUCCUGAAUUGUGGGUUUUAAUAUUGAAAAAAGUGCAUCUUUUAUAAGUAUCAGUAAAUUGUUUUUCUAUUGUUUUUGUUAUUAACAAGUCACCCAAAAUUGCUCAGAACAAAGAUACACACAGACAACUCCCACACACAACCCAAAAAUGAGGGUGUCCCUCUUUGUCCAUAUAAAAUGUUAGAGGGUAUGAAUAAAAUAUUGGACAACAAUGACAGAUCCUGAUUCAUUCCAUUUCUAUAUGAGCUGAGAAAAGUCCAGGAGAACUGAAAAGUUGAUGUUUAUUUGUGCUAAAUAAAAGCAUUUCUACUUUACUACUACAGUCUCCAGAAUUUUUAUAUAUAUAUAUAUAUAUAUAUAUAUAUAUAUAUAUAUAUAUAUAUAUUUAUUAUUUUAUUUUUAUUUAUUUAAAAAUGCAUAAAAUUAAACAUGUGUAAAAUUGUUUGGUUUUACUAUACCAUGUGCAUACCUUCCAAUAAUUCCAUAUACAAUUGGACAUCCCUAAUAUGGAACCAAUAAUCCAGCAAUGCUUUUCUUUCAGUGUGCAACUUCUGGAAACGUCAGAGAAAAAUCCACAAACAGAGCAGUGCAGUGAUAUCCUUUGUAUUUCUAACACUAUAGUGUUCAGUACAGUAAGUGGGCAAAAUGUUAUAACCAAGUGAAGAAUCAGGCUGGCUAGGAUUUAUUGUUGGCUAAGUCAAGAUUGGUGGUGCCCAAACCCCUUGUGGGUCCCAUCAUUACAAUAGCAAUGCACAAAGAAAGUGUGUACACAAACACAGAUUACCCUGGUAUUGCUGCCCUCAGCAGGAAGGUUUAAUCAUGCAUAACAAGUGCUGGCAAACUCCAAAAUACACGCACAAUAUCCAAAUAAUCACAUGAUUGAAACAGGUACACAACCUUAAUGCCAUGGAGAUAUUUGUAAACAAACUGAAUACAAUGGUGUUACUCUGCAAGAUUUUUAAUGUAGCCAAAUAUUAGUUAAUGGAGUGUACACCUGAAGGACAUUCUUACUGCGAUACUGUAUCAGAAUACCGGUAGUUGGUACCUGUUUACUGAUGUUUAGGUCAUACCGACCUGUACCGUGAAAACAUAUUGACAUACCAUAUGAAUAUUGUAUUUAAAAGAAGUAGUCCAUUUAUGGCCUGGAUUCUGUAACGAGAGAUAAAUUAACUCUGGUAACUGAAUAACAUUUCUCUAUAUCUAAGGGAACAUUGCUAUUCAGUUAGCAGAGAUAUGCUCAUCCUUUUGAUAGAAUCUGGUCCUUCGAGACUAAUCAUGCCUUGCUAGAUUUUAAAAUGAAGCACUAUUAUUGUGGAAUAGCUGAUAAUUAAUAAGACAGUAUGAUGUAUUUCGUUGCAGUUCCUUUGUUGUGGAUACAAAUCCAAAUUUAUCAUUCUUGCCCAGUACAGUUCAAGGUAAACUGUAAUAACCCCUACCCUUAGGCUAACCUUUUGAUCCAAAAUUCCAGCUCUCCAGCCAGCAGUUUAAAUGGUUGCUUCAUGGACCAUGACCACUUCAGUGCCUAGAGAAAGUUGACAUUCUUGGUCAAUGAAUGGCCAAUAGGGAUCAGCAUCCAACUUCUUCAGCUCUGGCAUUGUGCCAGGUGGAGACCCAGGUAAGAGGGCAAACUGUUGCAAAACGGUUUGCCCCAUCACCAAGAAUUGGCACCAAGGUUCUCCUGUAUCAUAACCACUACAGUGGGCUCAAGUGGUUAUGAUGUUUGGCUUAAAGUUGUAACAAUCCCUUGAAGAACCGUAGUCAUUCCAGUCAGUUAAAUGUCCCUAAUCCCUCCAGAUACUAAUUUACUGUCGCUUUAUCCCCUUUUUUAAAUUUACAACCUGGCUGCAGACAGUUAGAUAAUCUAUAAACAGAAAGUGAUAUCCUAUAUUUUAUGCCUCCCUGAGUGUCUACUCCUUCUACGCGUGUUGCUUUGUAGCUCAGAUCACUCAGUGCUGUGCACUCAUGGCUGAGACACACAUACAUACAAAGACACAUACAUACAUACAUACAUACAGAUAGGCACACAUACAGACACACACACACACACAUACAUACAAACAAACACACACACAUAUACAAAAUGUUUAAGUCACCCUCCUGUUUCCUAACUUUUAGGUGCAGGAGGGUGACUUUCCCUGGGGUCCAGUGGUGGCUCAGGUUGAUUUGAAUCAGAGUUCCCACUCUGACUCCCUCCUCUGCUUCCUCUCACGCAGGCUCUGCGUGAUAGCUGGGAGGAGUGACCAGGGAUGUCAUCACAGGGGUCCUGGUCACGGUGUUAAAGCGCCGCAGCACUGACCGGGCCCCCUGAAACUCCAUCUCCAUCGGGUGGCCCUAACAGCAUGGACCACCCGAUGGACCCCUUGAACGGCGGUCCUGGCAGAUUGCGGCGCGGGCCGGGGCCGCAAAACAUGGCUGGGCCCCCUGGAGUGACUGGCCUGGUCGCAGCUGCGACCCCUGCUGCCCCUAUAUGUACGCCACUGCUUACACCUACAAACACAGAAUCACACAAUGCAUCCCUUACACACACACUAAGAAACACACAAUGCAUUCCUUACACACACACCCUGCAUCUACUAAACAAACACUACAUAACCUACACAAACUGAAAUCUCUAUACACUACAUUCCAUAAGCACAGCCCUUACAUCCUCCACAAUAACACACAGCACAUACCCUACACACAUAUACUCCACCCCCUUUGAGUGAACUUAUGGGUGGGCCCUAUAGAUGGACUCACAGGCGGGCCUUAUGGACAGACUCCAGGUAGGCCCUUCGGGGCCCAGGCCUUGAGCUGUAUAAGGGGCCCCAUAUUAGUUUCCUGCUUUUUAUCCUACAUUUCAGAUGCUCAUUUAGUGCCUCUUUCUCUGGUGCCAUUGUUUCCCCACUUCCCAUUUCAGUUCGUAUUUACCAAGGCGCUGUUCUUGGUCCUGUUUUAGUCUCCUGUUUAAUUUACACACAGCCUCUUUACCAACCUUAUUAACACCUUUGGAUUUCAGUAUCAUCUAUAUGCUGACGAUACUCACAUUUACAACUCCUUCCCGGACCUAUUUCCUGACCUCCUGGAAGGUGUAACAGACUGCCUUUCUUCCAUCUCUAACUGGAUGUCUUCCAGUUUUCGUAAAUUAUAAAAUAAAAUAGUCCACCUCCAUCUCCCUGCAUGUCAAUGUACCAUAUUACCCCAACCCCUCCAGCUCACUGCCUUGGAGUUACAUUUGACUCAGGUUUAACCCCUUAUUCCAGAAGUUUGGUCCUUAAGGGGUUAAAGGACCACUAUAGGCACCCAGACCACUUCAGCUUAAUGAAGUGGUCUGGGAGUCAGGUCCAUCUAGGAUUAACCCUUUCUGCUGUAAACAUAGAAGUUUCAGAGAAACUGCUAUGUUUACAUUAGGGUUAAUCCAGCCUCUAGUGGCUGUCUCAUUGACAGCCGCUAGAGGCGCUUCUGCGCUUCUCACUGUGAUUUUCACAGUGAGAAGACGCCAGCGUCCAUAGGAAAGCAUUGAGAAUGCUUUCCUAUGAGACUGGCUGAAUGUGCGCGCGGAUCUUGCCGCGCAUGUUCAUUCAGCCGAUGACGGCAGAAGAAGGAGGAGAUUAUUCCCCAGCGCCGUGGGAGCCCAGCGCUGGAAAAAGGUAAGUGUUUAACCCCUUCCUAAACCCUAGAGCCCAGCGAGUAUGUUUUCCUGGCACUAUAGUGGUCCUUUAACCUUUUCUCCUCACUUUCAGCCUGCCUUCAUAUCCUGUAACUUUUACCUUUAAAUAUUGCCCACAUUUGCCCUUUUCUAAGUCAUUUUACAACUUAGGCACUUGCUCAUGCAUUUAUCAUUUCCCAUCUUGAAUAUUGCAACUCAUUACUCAUUGGCCUUCCAAAUACCCACAUUGCCCCUCGUUUUUAAUGAAUGCUACCGCCAGGCUCAUGUUCCAGACCGACUCCUACUCCCACACCUCACCCAUUUGCCAAUCAUUACAUUGGCUUCCUGUAUCCUUCAGGAUGCAAUUUAAACUAACACUGACCUGCAAAACCUCUGCUCACUACAUCUCCUCUUUACUCAACAAAUAUACUACUUUCUCUUCUCUUUGCUCUGCAAGCGACCUUCUCUUUAUCUGCCCAUCCCGCACUACUAACUGUCAUCUGCAGGAUUUUUCAAGAACUGUUCCCUAUCCCGUGCUUCAGACCCUCACCUUGUAUCCAGUCCUUUAUGAAAUUACUGAAAACACACGUCUUUAAGAAAUCUUACCAUCUUCUUCUCUCAUUACAAUUACUACAAUUACCGUCUUCAGUUCCCUCUCUUCCACAGCCCAGCUCACUCUCUCUCUCAUUCCACUGUUCAGUUCUUCAAUACAUCACUUUCACUAGCUGAUUUUGACACAACACAUAAAUACUACUACUAAUGAAAAUAAUAAUAAAUGUGUUUAGAAAGCAGUCUGUGUAAAUAAGAUUCAUUGUUCAUGUUCUAAAUAACUUUUUAGUCCCAUAAAUUGUUAUUAGUAAGUAAACAAAGCCCCACCCCUGGCCAGACGCUCACACACACUGCUAAAAUGAUAGGAAAUCAGUCAGACACUUACCUGACCCUCCGGUCCCAUGCCACAAUCUCCUUACAGAGGUGGGUGUCACCCGUCUGAACUCCUUCUGCAAUUAUCACUUAUUUGCCCUGAUAGGGGACGCUUCCUUAAGCAAGGGAACCUCUACCAAGAUGCCGAAACAGUGGCUUUGUUGCCAGCAUGCUGGUGUCUGAAUGGAUUGACGUUAGUGACUCUGUUCCUACACUUCCUAGCCAGAGUUAGCAGCGCUAGCUAGAGAGUAAUAAUAGCAACCACAGCAUAUUCUUCGGCAUGGAGUCUAUGCCAAAAAAAUAUAUUUUAAAUAAGUUUUUCUUCCAAUCUAUACAUUUGAUUAAACUUAAUGCUUUUUUCAAAGCGCAUGAGUGGUUUGGGGAGAUGGGGGUCCAAUUUAACCCAUUAAGGACCAAACGUCUGGAAUAAAAGGGAAUCAUGACAUGUCACACAUGGCAUGUGUCCUUAAGGGGUUAAAGAGUCUGUCUUUAUCUAUUUUUUUUUUUAAAUCUGGUUUUAUUUAGAAAUUAUUUAUUUUUCACAGGGUACAAGAAAGACAACAACUUGAGACGUGCAAGUCUCCAGUGCAAGAGCAGGGUUCCAGAUUUACAUGUGCCUAUUUGAAAUGAAUGCACCACAUUGAACUCUAGUCAUCAUGAUGCUAAUUAUUCUUCUAUCUUCUAACUAUAACAUUAAUACAAUAUAUUUGCAUGGAAACAAUAAAAAAUAAAAAUAAAAAAACAACAAUAAACCAAUACAUGAACUCAUGAACUAAUACAGUUACAAAUGUGUUCUGCUUUAAGCAUAAAUGCCUAAACUCUCAUGCGUUUUCCCACAAUGAAACUACAAAUCCCGACAUGCUUAAAACCUUUGCGCAUGCGCAAUAAUAACUUCAAAAAAAAGCAUCCCGCUGAUUGGCUACUUUUCUUCGGCAGGCUAGACAGGCUCUCGCCGCUGAUUGGUUGAGAUAUUUUUUUUUGGCUUCCGGACUCUGUAGGAUCAAGAAAACAAUGGCGGAUGAAGUAAGCGAGGUGGACGUGCAAGACAUGGAAGGUAAGUGUCAAGCAGCACUGCGGGAGAUACAGACUGGCUCUCGAGGAUGUGGUCUGGCUGUGUAUAAGAAGCUGGCACUGAGCAUUGUAUAUGGCCUGUAGCUCCUAGUCUGGGGAAGAUGGAGGCAGGUGGUGGCUUUCAGCAGGUGAUGGUUACCUGUGGGGGGUGUCAGGACACAUUGGGCUGCUAUGGCUGCUGUGGAGUAUUUAUUAUGAUGCUCAGUCAGUAGGUAGGUGGGCUGUUUGAGGAUUUAUAUAGAUUAGUCCUUAAUUAAUAGGGGUGCUAAAGGAUGUCCCUAUGUGACAGGUGAUCACAUUCAGGUAUGAUUGUCCUGUCUGAGUGGGUGGUGGGAAGGAUGUUUGGAUCAGGGACCAGGGUCAAAAAACCUCAUGGGUGUUGUAGCUGAACCUAAGCCAAAGAUGUCUUCCACCCAGCCCUGUGUUCGACUCCUAGGAUGUUACUGACAGAGGGUAAAUAUAUACCAAGGGUGAGCAGGGAUCUCUAAGGCCUGAGCAUGUGUUGUGAGCUCAUGAGAGGCUAUAUAGAGAGAGAUAAGCAUGUAUCUAUGAUGGAGCCUGGUGAUGUUGCCAACUCCCAGUUAUUGAUUGAGCAAGGUUGACGAGCAGAAAAAAAAGAUCGUGUUGUUUUCAGCAAUUAUAUGAAGUCAUACCACAUGUAUGGGGUUGUUUUGAAAGUUUAGUUGAUCAGCUUUUACUGAACUGGAUUUUUAAUUUAAAAAAAUAAUAAUUUAACAAAUAAAAAAAAAAAAAGUCUGAGAUUUGGUCUGGUUGCACAAACUACAUGGAACAAAAUGCCAUGCCAAAAACAUAUGUUUCAUUAAUAUUGGGAAUGGUAAUGUCACAAACCUGUAUCAAGCAGAAUUCAAACUUAUGAAAUGCGCAAUGAACAAUUGUGUGCACACUAUCAAAAUAUUUUAACAUGUCUAAAGUUAAAUGUGAUUAUUCAAAUACUGCAGAAACAUACAUAGCAAUUCAGUUGCAAAAACUGGUUUAAAGACUGUAAGUUCGUUUGAGCAGGGCCUUCUUCAACCUAUCGUUCCUGUAAGUUUUCUUGUAAUUGUCCUAUUUAUAGUUAAAUCCCCCCUCUCAUAAUAUUGUAAAGCGCAACGGAUUCUGUUGGUGCUAUAUCAAUGACAAUAAUAAGAGAAGGGAAAAAAAUAAUAAAUACACAUGUGCGCAUAAACAUGUAUGAUAAAUUCCCAAAUGUUGUAUAAGAAAUUAUAAAUAAAGAGAACUUUUCCUGGUAAACAAAAUACUUGCGCAUCCAAGUGUUUUGGUACUAAUGCCAUGUUCAAGGUAACUUUUCAAGUUGAAUAAGUGAUUCCCAAAAGGAAAACAAACCGCAACCUGUUUUCAUGUGGAAGAUUAGGGAGGGAGCAGACUGUCCAUAUGCAUUCAUGAGGAGAUCUGUUCACUAAAUGCCGGCUUUACUAAUUUCUCCUUUCAAAAUGUCUCUCUUCAAAUUUGUACCCUGUUUUACUUGACAUGUUUAUUUUUUAUUAAAUAUUAGUAUUAUGUUCUGUUUGUAUUUGGUUAUUUUGCAUGUGUUAGACUGUAGCAUCCCUGUUAUUUAUUUAUUUAUUAUAUAUAUAUAUAUAUAUAAAAUCUCCUGUAUAUGCAGAGUGAAUGUGAAGUAUUUUGGGAUAUACACAUCCAAAUUGAAAUGCAUGUUUUAACACUGAUCAUUUAAAUUUUUUUGUUUAAAUUUAUUUAUUUAUUUUUUUUGGGUGGCGUUUUAUAUCUGAUUUUCAACUGAUUUGCCAUUCAGUGGGAAGGUGUGUUUUUUUUUAAUUUAUUUUUUUAUAUGGUGUUAUGUUUAUGGCCCAGGGAUAGGACUGUGUAAUAUAUUAGAUGAUCUGUUGCAGUUGACAGGAGAAGGGAAUCAGAUGAGUCAGCUGAUGAGGAAAUAAAGGAGAAACCAGAUAUUCCUGAUGGAGGAGAGAAGAAUGGAGAGGAAAUCACAGGUAACGUUCUUACUUGUAUUUUAUAUUGAAUAAAUGCAUUUAGAGAAAUUUAGAUUAUAUUUAUUAUAAUGCUAUUAUAUUUGCUUUGGGGGAAAAACAUCCAUUGAUACACUUUUUUUUUUUUUAUCAGUUUGAUAGAUAUGAAAAGUGCUUACACAUUAUCAGUACCAGAGGCGGAAAUGUAAAAUCCUAUAUACACACAGACUUAAACACAUGAACCAGUAUACUUACACAGACUCGUAUACUCAUUUAAUUUUCAUUUUAUUUCUUUUGAAGAGGUUGGGGGGAAUCACAGUGAGGUCUAUCUAGUUCUUAACAAGGAGAGCUGGAUUGGAGCUUAAUUGAUGGGAUCCAGUUUCUAUGUGCUGGUUUCCCAGCUCCCUUCUGCCCUGUACAGAUGCCAGGACUGGGAUGAUGUUGAAUCCCAGCUCCAUCACCAGUAUAAGGUGCACGUGAAAGCCACAGAGCAGGCACCUUCUGUGCUUCACCCCUACAGGCAAUGGGCCAGUCGGCAGGUGGAUGUUCUGGCAAAAAGGUGAUGAAUAGUACACUCCUUGCCGCUUGUUACCUCAGGUUUGCAGCCUCCCAUUAAGUAUGCUACUUGUCAGUACCUUCAUUUGUCAUACCAUGAUAGUUGCGGUGUCAUUGGUAUUUUAAUUUAUGGAGAGGUUUUUGAUAUAAUUUUCUUUGCUGCAAAAUCCAAUAUAGCUAUGUAUUUGAUUACUGUGUGUAUACAUUUGUGUGUUUCUUUUUUUUAAUUUUAGUUUUGUUUUCUUUUGCAUAAUUUACCAGAGGUGUUCUGCCACUUAUUCUCAUACGCACAUAUUUGUGGUUGCUGGCAAAAUUUGGAUUAUGACUAUAUUCUGAAGGCAGAACAUGUCAUGUAUAAUCACACUACAGAUAAGAUUUCAAAUUAGACUUUUUUUUUCUUUUCUUACAAUCUCUCAGUAUGAUUCUAAGUAUUACCUGAGUUCACUAUAAGGUAGAAGUUGUAAUUGUUAAUUAUUAUCAAAGUAUUGACUAUCCUGACUCUUUAGUAUACUUCGCUAGUGUAUCUAAUUGAGUGACCAAAAUUUAAUACAGGGUUUGUACAGAAAGUAUAUAAUUUUUAAGAAACUCAAUUUCAUUGAGACUAGCACUACAACACCACUGUUUAUAACAGUGGUAGGUAACCUACGGCACUCAAGGCUGCUAGAGCCAAACAGGCUCUGGCCUAUCAGGAGUCCCAGUAAAACUUCAGAUAUUUGCUAAUACAAAAAGGUGGUGAAGGACAAUCCUCAAUUUAUGCAUUGCAGCACAUAGAGGAGGUGAUCUCUGAUCUGUAGUAGAUCAGCCUGCAGCUGCUAUUGCAGCUCCUGUCCUUGACCUGUACCAGGCCAGCCUGGUCCCCACUGGAACCCAGGGAAGGCACCCACACUGCUAGAUUUACACAGAAAUGCAAAAUAACCCUCCCCUCAUACAAAUAAUACGAACAGCCCACAAACACACAAUCCGCACAAACGUAACCCGCUAGCAAUCCACAUACAUGUACACAACCCCACAUGCAGCCUCUCACAUGCAAUGCCCAAAAGAGCCCCCACAUACUACCAAACACACAAUGUGACAUCCUUUCACACACAAUUCCACAAGCAACCCCCAUGCACAGCCCACAUUCAUAUGUAUCAUACACGAUACCAUAAACUACUAAUGACCAUAUACAAUAUAAUAGCUCAUAUACGCACAGAUACAAAGCAAUCACAGUAAAAAUAACGCAAGGAGAAUACGGCAGCAUACACACCUCAAUUUAAAAAAAAUAGGACCGGCACGCUACGGGACAUCACACUCCUAUAUUGGCACAGUGCUGCUAAUAGGUUGCCUACCCCUGGUUUAUCAUAUCAAGCAAAGAAAAGUUUUCAGCUACCUUUCAAAACUUUGGAACUCUGGAAGAAAACAUUAAGACUUAAUAUUCUAGAAACUAUUAUUUUAAAUUCAGUAACCACAAAUAUGUUCCCGAACAAAGUUGCUUCGUUCAUUUUUCUUUGUGUUAUCCACAAGAACACAAACACUAGUUUUUCAGAUUUACAUAUGAAUAUUAAAACAAUGUAGUACUUUAUCUGAUUCUGUAGUCCUUCAUGUCGUUGUAUCAGAAACUACUUGUUUCCUUUUUAGAUAUUGUAGAAUGUUUGCAAAGUGUGGACAUGUCUGUUUAUUGCAUUACUUGAUUGUAAUUCAUUGUUUGUUUUAGGAGAUUUGGAAACACCAGUGGACAUUGAAACCAUCAACUUGGACCCAGAUGCUGAGGUAACGAUAAGGAAAUUAAAUUAGUCAAACACCAAGAUAUAAGAAUUAGAAGCUUGUAAAAAUCUACAGCUUGUCAGCACCUACCUUAUUUAAUGUAGAACUAUGUAUAAGCCUUCUGUCUGACUUUUUUAAUUAAUGAAGAUAUCCCCUUUUAUCCAGCUUUAUUCUCACAGUUUUGCUGGCACGUUAAGGAUUUGUAAUGAUAAAGGACUUCAGUAUGCCUGCUGGGAGAUGUGUAGUUGCAAAAUAAUUUAAAUAUUUAGCCCUUUCUUCUCCUUACAUUUCUAACAGGAAACUGACUCCAUAAAGGGUGAAAAAUAGCCAUUUAUAAUGCAUAAAAACAAUAAUAAAAAUGCAGUAGGAUGCACUGCAUCUGCUGCAAAGUCUGUCUUCAGUUUCUACAAUGAGUUCCCAGCAAAGCAGGAAGCGAGUCAGCCAAUUCUCAUGCUCACCUUAAUGCUAUGAACAUAUUCCUUAUGCUUUCCUUUCUGGGCACAUCAAGAGGUUUUUCAGUCUUUAGGCGUCUAUAUUAUUACUAGUAGGAAUGACUUCCUUUACAGCAGUAUUGUUGAAAUAUAGAGGUGCGGGAAGAUUGGACAAACCUUGUGGUAAUAGUAUAGAUAUUACAAUAGAAAAAGGUCAUGGGCUUAUGUAAGCAUCUAAUAACUUAAUCCGUAUCUCAGCUAUGUGGCUUUGUCAUCUCUACAAACGGCUUCUAAGUAAGUCCAAAAAAAAGGGGGGGAGGGGGGGGGAGACUGGCUUUCCUCUAGCUGACUUCAUACUGCAAAAUUUUUGUCUUGCAAUGCAUUAAAAUGUUAGCAUGGACAAUCAACGCCAAGCUGUAUUUACCCUUCAAUCAUGUAAUUAUUUUACAUUCAUUCAUGGUUAUGUGAAUUUAUUUAUUUUUAUUUUUUUUAUUUUUCUCUGACUACUAGACUAUGGAUUACCCCAUUUAUUCACUAGUUAUCUAAUUUUGUGGGGGGUUUUUUUUUUUAUUUUUUGUUUUUUUCCUGUUAUAAUAUUCUGUUUUCCUGUCAUUUCUCUUGUUAGGAUGUUGACUUGAACCAUUUACGGAUAGGGAAGAUUCAAGGCUUUGAGGUGCUGAGGAAGGUUAAGGUGAGUUAAAAAUUUUUUUUAAAAUAUUUUAUUUUUAACCUUAUGGUGUUCCUUAAUGUUUACACUACUGCCACCAUUCAAAAGAAAAUGUGAAAAGAAAACAAAUCUCUCUACAUGUAAUGCAGUGCCCAGGACAUGCACCUUUAUACAGCCAAGCAUGGCAAGCACAAUAGAAACCUUAAUACCUCAGUCCUUUUAUUAUAGUGUAAUAAACAUUGAUAAAGAGCUGAGGCCCAAAACAUUUGGAUUGUGCUCUCUGCACUCCUCUUAAUAAAUGUGUUACCCUAGUGGGCCCUGAAAUAUCAUAUUGUGCAUCUGGACUACAUUUAUUUGUGUAAAUGGACACCAGAGACCAAUGGAUACUUUGUUUGUCCACUCUCCUAAUGACAGCUUUGGAAUGAAUAUUAUUAUAAUUAUUAUUACUAUUUGAUCACAGCAGUGACCUUCUCUUUCCUUAUUUUGCACAAUUUUUGUGAUGAAUUUUUGUCGAGUGCAAUGACUCCUAGAAAAUAAUUUGAGACAUAGGACACAUGCGCAGCCAUCACCACUCUUCACCAAUUAGAUUUUUAUUCAUUGAGACGUAUUAAAUACAUCGCUUCUCUUUGAGAAUCUUUGGAUGCAGUUGCUGACUUCAUCCUGUGAGUGAUGACGUUGAACGUGAAAACCUUUUAAAAUCUACAGUGAGGAAAUUCUUCUAGCCUCUAUCAAUCUGACAAAGACUAGCGGCAUUUUCUCUUCACAGAAGUGGCAUGGAUUUGCAUUAUCCGAUAACAAAGGGUGGCGUUUUCACAUCAAAAUCAAUUUGUUAAGCUGUAGUGGUUUUUGUCCUUAGUGUGUCUAUAAUACCAAUGUCUCUAGUGUUACAGAAAAUGUAACUGAUUUAUAUCAGUUGAUGCAAUACCAGACAGGUCUAAAAACAAAAAAACACUGUUCUAGACUUACAGAUGGCUAGAACAGCAUUAAUAUUGCUACAGAUUAAUCUAUAAAAUAUAUACUUAUGCAGGACCAGAAUAUACAACAGCACUUGAAUGCAAUGUUCUCCCUUUUUACAUAUGGUAUACACUGACUGAGGUACAGCAUGUGGCAAUAUUUAUCAAAUAGUGAUGUGAGAAGUCAGAGAAUACGAUUUUUAUUGUACACUAUUUGUACAACAUUUUGUGUGUACUAUUCUACUUUGCAGUAUUCCUAUACAAUUUUUAAACACAUAAAAUUAGAUAUUGAAGAUUUGUGUUAUGUGUGUUUUGUCAGAUGAACAGUAGAUGGCGCCCUGUGCAACAUUAUCACGAGGUGCCACAUUCAGUAUAUAGGUAGCUUAUACCCUGUAUUUAUGAAUGAGUGUUGAAGAGCGUUGUGAAAAAACGCUAUGACACAUAUCUACAUCCUGUCCAUACAUUCCUUAGUAGAAAACCGAUUUUUGUACAGGUCAGGGGGUAGAAAACCUACAAGACAUUGUAGAGUAGACUGUUAAUAUAGAUCAUGUGAAUUUUAACAAAUCAUUGCUAUAUUAUGCAUUGAGAUGCAAUAGACAAUUCAAGCUCCUUGCACCACUCAAUACAAGGACCAGAAGUGGUUAUGGUGCUUGGCCCAGCCUUCUAAUGUCAGCAUGAUAUGUGAUGAAUAUGAACUCUAAUGGCAAUAUCUCAUGUUCUAUUCUGAUCCAUUUAAGAAUGAGUCUGAAAUUUCACAAACCACUCUGGAGUAGAAUAGCACAAGAUUCUGGGACUAAAACUCCCAUCUUCCCUUUUAACUGAAGUGUACUUUGUUCCCUUCUUUUCCUUUUUCGGUUCCUUUGACACGUGUGUGUGUGUGUGUGUGUGUGUGUUGUUUUUGGGUUUUUUUUCCCUUACAAAUCUGCAUCCACAGCCUUACCUCUAAGCUUCCCUCUCUCAUUGACUUUACCCCUGUAGACCCUGUGCCUGCGUCAAAACCUAAUAAAGUUGAUUGAAAAUUUGGAACUGUUGACAACAUUGACAGAAUUGGACCUAUAUGACAAUCAGAUCCGUAAAAUCCAAAAUCUGGAUAACCUGAGCCAGCUUGAGUGAGUAAGCUCAGCAAUAAAGAUGUUACUUGCUCUUUAGGCUUCUAAAUUGUCUGUGUGUACUUUUAGGGAAAUAACCAUUUACUUUAUCUUAUAAACUGUCCUGUGUAAAGUACCCCAAUGUUUAAGAUGCAUCAGCAAAAUCUAUCACUUAUAUCCCUAAUAUUAGAUUGCUACUGCCAGAAUUGAAGGAAUUGAUAUUAAUAAUUUAUUUUCAGCUAUUGUGUUACAUUUAGGAAUAAUCUUUCAUUUAAAAAAAAAAAAUACCUGUGAAGUCAUAGAAAAAUAUAAUUAUGGACCAGCUAAUUCACCUUGCCUCAUCAUUUAAAUUGAUCAAGAAAUAAAUGCAAGUGUAUUUAACAGCACUUAACCCCCUUAAACACCUUUUAGCAAAUUCACAUGGUAAAUAGGAAUAGACUGUAAGUUAUUAUUUAUAGAAAAGGGGAAUUCUUCAACACCACUUAUAAUAUCUAUUCAAUUAUAUUUUAUUUCUAGAGGGACUAUAUUGCUUCUAAGAACUAUAUAUAAUUUAAAAAAAAUAAAAAAAAUACUCCUCUCUAAAACUAUGGGUGUCUGGACCCUUCAAUGAUGCAACACACUGUCUAUAUUACAAAAAUCCCAAUAAACCAAUAGUGAGAAGAAUGUUGGAUAAUUUCCAUGUGAAUUUUUUUUAACCGACAAAAAUAUUUUUCCAAAAUGUGCAUUAAUACCUGCAACUGAUGUACACCAUUGCUAUCUUACGAAUACUUGUCUGACUGCAUUCGUAGCUACAAGCAAUGUAGUGAUAACCAGUGAAUCCGUGCUAAUAGUUACAAUGCUGUGUUACAAUUUAUGUUGUUCCUGAUGAAAUGUGAAUAUUCCUCAGUUCCCUUUUGUGGGCAAAAACAACAAGUACAUGAUAAUUAACAGUGUAGGUUUCAAUAAACAGAUGUUCAUCCUUGAUAGAUGCAUUGCUCUGUUUCCUUUUAUCAUAAAGCAAAGUCGGUAUUUGUCUAGCAAUAAUUUUUAUUUUACUUAUCUUUGAAUACAGUCAGGCUAAUUGCUCCAAGGUCCUAGGCUUUCAUUUAGAUUAAAUGUGAGAAUUUAAGAACGGUAUACACCACAAUGGCUUAAACGCCAUAAUCAUUUUCUAAAAAAGAAAUAUUGAAGUGCUUUUAUUUAUUUUGAUGUACAUUAUUCCUUUCUGUCUUUACCUUUUUAUGCAAAAAAGAGAAAUUUAAUGAAGCAAUUUGUAAGAAUGCUGGAUAGUAAUGAUAGGGGUUAACCCUUAGAAAUAGAUGGCAGAAAAAAAGAAACUGAACUGUCCAGUGACCACAAUAGUAGUUUAAAAAAUAACUUUUAAUUGAUAGAAGAUUAAAAGGAGCUAGAAAAAUAUCUAGCUCAAACGAAUCAAAGUAUAUAGAACACUAUAUUGACCAAAUCAGAGAGAAAAGGGAGAGUCAAAGAGGAGGGUAACAAAGAAAAUAAAUAGAAAUAAAAACAAGACUAGUAAUAUCCCAGCUAAACUAAUGAAAGGAAACAGAGAGACUUGUAACUGUUUCACUGAAAACAUUUAUCAUGCAGACAAAGUAUCAAAUUUAGUUCGUCUAUCAGAUGUUAUGGCUGAUAACCGUAAAACCACGAUUUGUGCUGUGCCUGACAUAAACCCAUGCAGCACCGGCACUUAAUGUCAAAACGGUGCCUUUAGGGUGCAUCAUAGUUUACUACCAGACCACAGCACAUAACCUAAAAAUAAUAGAUAAAUAUUUAGUGAAGUGAUAGUCCAGGGUUAAACAAAUAAUAAGGUAGAGACAGCAAAAGAAUUGCCCUGUCAGAGUGUUUUGCUGAUCUGCCCUGGAUUAAAAACAAUUAGUGUAGAUAGUAAUUAAUAUCAGAUAAGGCUGGGUUAAAGGAAUGAAUGUUCACUUAUUCCCUAAUUCUGGCUGAGCUAAGAGAUGCUGCCAAAGCCUAAAUCUCUAAUAACCGUUAACAGAAUGCUACACUUUCUAAAGGUAGAGAGACCUCAAAAUAUAGUCACAAAUAUGCUAGUCUCUCUAAUUAAAGCGUCCAAACAAAGACUCAUAGAACUAGCUGAUCUAUCACUGGUAGCCAUUUAGCAAAUUGCUGAGCUUGCUGAAGCUAGAAAGACGUUAUGAAUGAUAACGGAUAGGUUCGUAAUUUUAGUCUAAUGCUACAGAUAAAGAUAAAUAGAGCUAGCUGGUCUAAAGCAACUGUAGAAAUCAGCUACAAUUAGGAGCCCUGACGCGCGUUUCGCCAGUAAGCGGCUCUUCAAGGGGUGAGUGAUACCCUCGUUUGCUCAGUUUAAAUAGGGCGCCAAAAAACCUGAAUGGUUGGUAGGAGGAGCGAAGUAAUGUAAGAGUAACUCCUUCAAUAUCGUCAGAGACCCAUAAGAGAAAAUUCAGUAAAAUGGCUUAAGGGUAUAAUUUAAAGAACAUAUAUUUUGCAAAAGUUAAAGUUUUCAUCAAAGGAUAAUAUACAUAUGAUGAGAAAAUAGUUUGUAUAAUAAUUUUGGCAUAAUAAUGAAUCAUAAUUGGUUGUUGAAAUAUGCUAUUCAGUGGUUAGUAGGUACUACUAUUAUGGUCACUGGACAGUUCAGUUUCUUUUUUUCUACCUUACGUUUUUAUGCUUUCUAAGUGUUAUGCUUACUGUUUUUCAAGAUUAUGCAACACUUUCCUCUUGUUAAAAGCAGAGAGAAAUUGACCCUUCCCUAUAUUCAAAAAGGGAAUAAUAUAUGAGAUAUCAUCCCUUAUGUAACUUUUCGACUAUUUGCUGUCAUGUCAUGGCUCCAAAGGAAAACUUUAUUUGAUUAGUUUUGUAUCUGUACACAUUAUUCUCUCUGCAGAAUUCUCGACUUGUCAUUUAAUCUCCUGAGGCGUAUUGACGGUUUGGACACUCUGACUCAGCUUCGUCGCCUGUAUCUGGUGAAUAAUAAGAUCACCCGCAUUGAGAACCUUGUCUACCUAACCCAGCUCCGUUUGUUGGAAUUGGGUUCUAACCGUCUACGGGUAAGCAGGUUGUGGGAAUAUAUGAUGUAACAGGGGUUACACAUUUUUAAACUGCAAACAUCUAGAGCUGCCAUGCAAAGUUAAACAAAAAGUAAAACUGACUGUGUGUAAGGUUUUUGAGCUAAGGAAGUGUUUUUAAUUAUUAUCCAUCUUUUAAUUUCCUCUGAAGGGAGAUAAACUCUGACUUGUUAUCUUCUUAAUCUAGUCAUAAUUUGUUGUACAAAUUCCUUAUCUCACAUGAACAGACAUUUGCUUUUUCACUAAAGACUGAAUGAUAAACAUGACAAGUGCCAGCUUUCCGUGAAGUGCUGCAUCAAGAUUAGUUUUAAAGGGAAUCCAUGGGGAAAAUGUAUUCUGCAUUUUUAAGACUUUUUAUAAAGCGUGCAUUACUUACUCCCUAAAAAUGCACAGAUACAAUAAAAAAUAUUGAAUUCCUAGCACUGUAGUUCCCUAUAGUGCCCUUCUUGCUCGCACGACAACCCCACAUACCACCACACCCUCUCUCCUGCUGCAGCACAGAACUCUUUUGUCACUUACCUGAUUCCUUAACGGGACCUAAUGCGCAUGCACCACAAGCGCUUUAGGACAGACUCACGGGAGAGCAUUGUAUAAUGCUUUCCUAUGGGGUUUUGGGUAACAUUGGCUCUCCUCAUGCAUAGCGUGAGGACAUCCAGUGUCAGGCGACCAAAAGUCACCUAUCGACCCUGAAGUCCCUCGACUCCACUAGAGGUGGAGUUAACCCUGGUUAUCAAUAACUGCAAUAAUUACUAUUGCAGGAUUAAACUGACAGGGGCACUGCACCCUGACCACUUCAAUUACCUGAAGUGGUCUGGGUGCCUAUAGUGUGCCUUUUUAAAGCUGCUGAUUGCCGCUUCAAGCAGACCUUUCUGUCCAGAGGAAGAGGCACCUCCAAUCUUUCUUGCUGAUUUAGUGGGACUGAUUUGAUACCCUCCUAAAGUGCUGUCUAACUCCCAUAAAAGAGCCAAUCCCAAAUUUGCAACGUCACCCAUCACUGUGCACUCUCUAGUAUGAUACAUGAAUCUGCCUACAAGCUGUUGGUAUAUUAUGUAGAACCCCACACUUGUUGCGCUUACUAACUGGUGCUGGAGAUGUCUAACUGCAGUGGGCACCCACAUAUGGUGGGAAUUGUCCCAUAAUACAUCCCUUCUGGAAUAUAAUUAACACCUUUUGUUCGGCAAGUUUGAUGAUCUGCCUCGUUUAUUCCAGCACCCAUUUCACUACAUCACACAUCACACACAUCAGUGUAACAAGUCUAUGACUAUUUGUAUAUUGAAUAUUUCCAAGGGUCCCAUUAUAUUGGAGGAAAACAAUAGCCUCACCUACUAUGGUUGUAACAUAUGAAGGGACUACGUGUAAUUGAGGAUUUGGUCUUUGGUGCUGAGAGACACAUGCCCACCUACAUGAUAAUCUGGACCCAAUGGAUGAUGUCCACAGACACAGCUGAGUUCCAGGCGAUACUGGAGUGAAAGCCUAAUUGCUGCUUUUUGAUAUGGGAUGAUGGAGGGAGAAGCGGGAAGCAUAUGUUCUAUUAUUGUGGAGUUUAUAAAAGGGUUACUCUAACCAAAAAAACAAGUGGAAGGACGGAGCCUAAAACAAUGUUUGUAUGGAAUAAGUAAACAUGUUAAGUUGUUAUGGUGCCAGGAGGUCCCUGGAAUUGGCUCACUGCAAGGGGUUAAACCCUUCCUGAACGAUUUAACCCCAAAGCCUGUGUUCCAGCACCAACUCUCCCUCUCUCUCCCCAUCCUUUUUCUCAAAAUUGGGAAACCGGAAGGCUAUGGCAGCAGCAGGCACAGCUAAUUGACAGAGAAAGGUCAGUUCACACUCUCAGCCAAUCAGUGACUCCCCAUUCAUUAAUCUGGCUUGAAAGGAAAUGUACCUCUCUCAAGCCAUAUUUACUUUCCUUAUCUCUGGAAUUUCUGCAUAGUUUUCAAAGCGAGCGCUGUGGGUUGACAAGACAGUUCAGAUCUGUUGAAACAGUCGGUUUAUGUGCAUUUUUUAAAAAUUUUUUUUUUUUUUUUUUUUUUGCAGGUGAUUGAAAAUAUAGAAUCUCUACGCGAUCUUGACAGUUUAUUUCUUGGCAAAAACAAGAUUACCAAACUCCAGAACUUGGAAACUCUGACUAACCUCACAGUAUUGAGUGUGCAGGUAAACUUAUUUAACUACAUUGCAAUGAGAAUGUGUGAUGUCUUGUUUACUAUUUUCGCUAUUUUUGUAUUGUUUCAUAGUUUUUAUUCAUUAUUUACCAGACUCUUCUGUUCCCUUUCUGAACAGGGCUAUGAAACUUUAUUGUACUUCAAAAUCUUAAACUGACUAAAAAAUCUUAACCUAAAAAGUUAACACAUUAACAUAAUCUUACAAAUAGUUUUUCAAUUCUAUUAUUUUAUUUCCAAUACAGUUCUGAAGUUGUUCUGUUAGUGUUUUGGGUUUUUUUUUUUUUUUUUGGUUUUUGUUUUUAAAUUCGUUUUUAUUGAGGUACCGGAGAAAAUGCAGCAUAAUAGAUCAUUCUUCUCUAAUCUCAUAGGGGUCAUAAAAGCAAGAAAUGAAAAAAGCUAAAGUAUGCCUGUCUCCAGGAGACACAAGACAAUCCGAAAUAAAACCACUGGAAUACAAUGAAAUGUCAAAUGCAAUAAUUUAUAUUUUUCAAACUGUGAAAGACUUUUGUCUUCAAUCUUAUAGUUUUAAUAUAUUAUAUGGACACAAAAUAUAAAUAAUUUCGGCUCAGGUGACCGAGACACUCACUAACUACUUCUCAGACAACUCUAUACCGGCCAUGUCACUCACCAUUGUUUGGGAAGCCCACAAACCUGUUAUAAGAGGUCAUCUCAUUGCCUUAGCCUCCAAAACUAAACUGCUUCAUGAAGCCAACCUUAACUCUCUGCUCCUUGAGAGCCAAACUUUUUUUACUCCCUUGACACAAAAACUUGACGAGUAAACGAUUGGAGCUGCAACAAUUGCUAAAUAUCCAGAUUUAACGCACACCACUCCUAACCAAACAUAGAUUUUACUCACGGGGAAAUGUGGCCGGUUUUUGGCUAACCUGCUGAGACUCCAGGGAAAGCACCUUUAUCCCCCGAAUAAAAACGUCUUCGGGAGAGGCCUCUCACAAACUCCCUAACAUCAUGACAGCCUUCCACAAAUUUUAUACUGACCUUUAUAACUUUCAACAGGAACCACCUGAGAAGGAAGAGCUAAAUUCCUUUCCAUCAGAAUUCACCAAACUAUCGCCCCAAUAGACUUGGAAUCUCUGGAAGCUCCCAUAUUAAGGGAAGAGGUCCAAACGGUGAUUCAUAACCUUCCUCCGAGGAAUAGCCCUGGCCCAGACGGCUUCUCAACCAAAUACUACAAGACAUUCCUACACACACUAUUCACACCCUUUACUGAGGACUUUUACUCACUGACUCGAUCCAUUACCUUACUAAACUCGACUCUGGAAGCACACAUCACACUUAUAUUGAAGCCAGGCAAAGACUUAACGAGCUGUGGUAAUUAUUGCCCAAUUUCACUGAUCAAUAUAGAACUCAAAAUUUUCACUAAAAUUCUAGCAAACAGACUGACCGCUCCUCCAGGGACUAAUCCACCCUGACUAGGCAGGCUUCGUGCCAGAAAGGGAAGCAAAUCCUAACACCACCAAAAUGCUGAGGCUGAUUCAUUUGGCGAAAUUACGCCAUCCGCAGAGUCUUUUGCUUUCCAUAGACGCAGAGGAGGCAUUCGACAGGGUGGAUUGGUCCCUACUCUUCGGAACCCUGACUGCACUGGGAUUUGGCCGUUGCGGGCGAUAUUCUCUUCCCCAAGCGCCAAAAUUUAAAUGCAUUGUCAACUCUCUGACCUGAUAGAAAAACGAAAUGGCACGAGACAGGUCUGCCCCCUUUGCCCCCUCCUUUUUAUCCUUAUAAUGGUACCAUUCCUUCAAGGUAUUCGCAUGAAUAUGGAUAUCCACGGCAUUCAAACUGAUAAUCAAGAGUUUUUAAACUGGCGGCCUUCGCAGUAGACCUCCUAUUCAUAAUCACCAAACCACUAUCCUCUAUGCCUGCUUUACUAGAGGAAAUCUCUAUUUACAAUAGUUUGUCGAACUUCAAGGUUAAUUUUACGAAAAGUCCUCCAAUUAUGUAUAGACCCCCACACCAAAGGGUCUCUGGAAUGGGACUAUUCAUUUCCCUGGGCCAAGACUGCAGUCAAAUACCUGGGAGUUCACCUCCCCCAUGACCUCACUAAAAUAUACUAUCUAAACUUCCCAACUCUCCUGCAGACAAUACAAGAGGACCCUGCCAAAUGGAAUAAACCAUUGUUCAGCUGGCUUUGCCACAUUCACAUACUCAAAAUGAACACUCUGGCCAAAAUUCUGUACCUACUGCAAAACGCUACCCAUCGCCCUUCAAGAACAUAACACGCCUCUUCAAUAAUCUUCAUUUGGUCUCUUAAACACCCCAGAAGUCCUCACGAGCCCUAAGCCACAGGGGGGACUGGGACUACCUAACAUUGAGACACACAUAGGGCAGUGAUACUCACCAGGAUAUAUGAAUGGGCACAACCAACAAACCCAAAACAUUAGGUACACCUGGAAAGCCUUUGAUUCUGGAGUCCAUUUAAGCACUAUACCGUGGGAGGGGAGGGACCCUCUUAACCCCACACUACACCUCUCACCCCGUUAUACCUACCACAUUGAAGGUCUGGCAACAGCUACAACCGCUACCUACCAUUUCCAAACACCCCUCGCCAUUAUACCCCCUGACUUAUAACCUACAGUUCCAUUCGGGUCAAACUGGAACGUCCUUCGCCACAUUCCACAACUUGCCAUAAAUCAAGCUAGGCUCUUUGCUCAAUGAUCAGGGUCUAAAACCCCUUGCAGAAAUUAUCCCGACAACCCCCCACAGCCCUCUACAUCAGUUUAGUUACUUUCAACUCUCCCAUCUUUUCAAAACAAACACUCUACACCUCACUACAUUUGACGCAAAAGACGUGCUGUGCUCACAAUAUUAAAACAAGGCAUAUUUCUGCCUUCUAUAAAACAAUCCAACAUAAUGACUUACCAACACACCCGAAAUUCAUGCCCCAAUGAAUUUGAAGAUGUAGAAUACAAACACUUGUUCAUUAAUAUCUUUCACACAUCAGUCAGAAAUGCCACCCAUGAAAGUAAUUUCAAAAAAGUCUCCAGAUGGCAUUACACACCCUCACACCUCCACCGCCUCUUUCCUAAUACAUCAGAUUCAUGCUGGAGGUGUGGACAGAAACAGAGCAACCUGGGACACAUCUGGUGGACAUGCAAAGUAAUCCAGCACUUCUGGACAUGCAUACUAACACUGAUCCAACUGAUUACAUACAUACAACUACCACACACUCCAAAGGUGCUACUUUUUACUGUACCCAGCUUACAUACUCAAGGCGCAACGCACGCUGAUAAAUAAUCUCAACUGUGGCCAACGUACUGAUCCCUAUACACUGGAAAACAAACACAAGCCCUGUCUAUUAGGGACUGGAUCACAAAAGAGUCACUGAGAGUGAUGGAGCAACAUGACUAUUCCCUGUCACGCUCUUACACCGCCUAUCUCACCUGCUGGCAACACUGGAUGGCAUACCUGGAAAGCGCUUCUGAAUAGCUCUUAUCCUCCACACUCCCCUAAAUAUGACCGGACUACUCGCACUCGCGUGCCCCGGAGACCAACUUACACACCCCUACUCCUCAUGGGGAAGCCGUCUAGAGACUUUGUCAAUGUCAUCAACAGUAACAGGCACUGGACAAGUAGCUGAUAACCCAGACAGAAUCAGCCUCCCCUUCCCAUUGCAUCCUCUACCCAGAAUGUCCUAGAAACCGGACUACACUCAGAUUGGAGGGCCAACCGAAAGGCUGGGGUGCCCUCGGUUGUGUAAAUUUACCAUGAAAACUUCUAUGAGGGGUCACACUGAAAUUACCUCUAUAUCCAUUGAUUUUUAUAUGGUUCAAACAAACUGAACACCUAGAUAACGCUCGCACCACAAUUACUCCAUUCCUUGUUUUUAUGAUUUAUUGAUGUAUGUAUUGUCAUGUUUCUCCUAUGAUAGUGUAAAAUGUGUUUAUAUACAGAUCUGUCACGCAUGAUACUGCAAUGUAACCCAGAAGUGUAGAUAUAAUAUUAACUAAAGACACCCUUUGUUCUUCUGAGGGGAAAAAAUAUAUAUAUUUCUAUUUCUGCUUAACAAGCUUACAAUCUAAAGGAAUACAUUCAUUAUAGAUUGUAAGGUGGAGAUCUCAAUCUGCUCUGAGUCUAGGCUUUUCUUAAAAUAGAAAUUACUGUAUCAUUCUUAAUUUGGGAGGGGAAGUUACAAGUAGAGAGAGAUUGUACAAGAGUGGUGGGCAAGGAUUGGUUACAAAGACAUGGGUGAAACAUGGGGGAACUGCAGGACUAAAGAAAUAUCUUUAGUAGAGGGUGAGUGAGUUUUAACAGGUUACACAUAGAAAAGUGUGACUUCUCAUAUUGCUUGCCUUGUGUUUUUUUUUUUUUUUUUUUCUAAUCCGUAAAGUACCGGGUUGAAAACUCAGGAGCUGCCAUUCCAGAUACUCCAUUUCACAUAUAAAGAAAAUUAUGUAACACCACAUGUAUUUCCUCCCCUCCCCCCCCCUGCUUUUCCCUCCCCCUUAUCAGCUAUAUAUCUCAUUUUCCAUUUCUCUCUCCUUCCCAGAGUAACCGAUUGACGAAAAUCGAGGGCCUGAAUUCUCUAGUGAACCUGCGUGAGUUGUACCUGAGUGAUAAUGGCAUCCAGGUCCUGGAGGGGCUGGACAAUAAUGUGAGCUGCUGUUUGGGCAAGGGGUCAUCUAAGACUUUGUGGAAAUAAUAGAGGAGGGUUUUGGGGAUUAAGAGUGGGGUUGGAGGUAUGUAAAUGUAUAUUACUUUACUUAUUCAGAAUGGGUUCAAAAGCUUUGCCUUGAAAUUAUAGACCUGUGAGCUUCACUUCUGUGGCUGGGAUUGUAUUUGAAGUGUUUUUCAGGAAUUUGUUGGGAAGAACAUUAUUAGCAAUAAUCACCGUAGUUUUAUGAAAUAUAGAUCAUGUGCAGUGCUAUGGAAUUUGCGAGCGCUAUAUAAAUAAUGUCAAACUAACUUAAUUGCAUUCUACAAAGAAGUAAGUAGAAAUAUAGAUCAAAGUGUUGCAGUGGUUGUACUCUUCUUGGAUUUCGCAAUGGUGUUCUUGGUCUAGGUACUUCAGGGUAAAGAAUGCACAAGCAACUUUGGCAGUAAAUUAUGGAUAACCACACAAGAAGGCAUUGGAAACCAUUAGAACACAAACUAGGCAACAAUGUGCAAUGUCACUCCGUAGUUGCUAGGGCCAGUAGGGUAUUGUCAUGUAUAAAAAGGGGCAUUAAUUCUCGGGCUUAAAAUAUAGUUUUGUUUCUUUAUAAAUCACUGGUAAGACCACACCUCAAAUAGGCUGUGCAAUUUUUGGCACCUGUUCUAAAGGAGGAUAUUAUGGCACUAGCAAAAGUGCAGAGGCAGGCUACAAAAUUGAUAAAAGGAAAUGCAGCAUUUUAGUUAUUAAGAAAAGUUAAAAUAAAAUUUAAAUUUCUUUAGUUUGACAAAAUGAUGCCUCAGAAGGGCUUUGAUAGUAUUAUACAAAUAUAUCCGGGGCCAAUACAAACCACUGUCUGGAAAUCUAUUCAUCAACCGGAUAAUACAAGGACACAAGAUCAUGCAUUUAGACUGGGGGGAAAAAAGGAGAUUUAGCCUAAGGCAAUGAAAAUGUGUUUUUUUUUUUUUUUUUUUUUUUUUUUUUUGUUUUUUACAGUAGGAAAAAAAAAGGAUGUGGAAUUCUCUGCCUGAAAAGGUGGUUUUAUUAGUCUGUACAGAUGUUUAGACAGCAACUGGAUGAAUACUUGUAAAACCAUAAUAUACAGGGAUAUAAUUUUUAAUUUGUGGGUUAAUAGCGUAUUGAUCCAAGGAGACAUCUUACUGCCAUUUUGGGGUUAAGAAAGAAUGAUUUCAUAGUUUGUUGCCAAAUUGGAAAGUGUAUCUAUCUGUGUAUUUUUGCCUUCUUUUGGAUCAUUGGCAAACAACAGAUGUGAGGAAGGCUGAACUUGAUGGACACGUCUCUUUUCAGUCUAUGUAACUUGGUUAGGGAAUGUAUUGGCUGCAUAUUUUCUAUUUUUCUGUAGAGAAAAUUACCAAGUUAAUAACCAUUUAUUUCCUUUUUAAGAAUAAACUGACAACACUGGAUGUGGCUUCCAACAGAAUUAAAAGAAUUGAAAAUAUCAGGCACUUAACAGAACUCCAGGAAUUUUGGGUAAUGCUUCAUAUUCUUUACUUGGUUAUUCUAUAGACUGUAAGCUCACAUUAGCAGGCUCCUUAUCAACCUAUUGUUCCUGUAACAUUUUGGAAUUGUCUCCUGUAUUGUUAAAGUCCCCCCUUUAUAAUAUUCUAUAGUUCUCUGGAAUACAUUGGUGCUAGAGAAAUGCUGAUAAUGAUGUAAGAGGUUAUGUUUACCUAUUGUCAUAUAUAUAUGUACUUUAUUUCAUGUAUUCAGUGGAAAAAUACGGUUUUAUGUAGUAAAUUUGGGACGAAGCAUGUGGCCUAAAGGGACACUUUAGUCACCAAAACCAAUUUAGCUUAAUGAAGCAGUUUUUAUGUAUGGAUCAUGCCUCUGAAAUUUCACUGUUUAAUUCCCUGCUAUUUUUGUUUGUAUUUAUGCAACCCUAACCACAUCUCCCAAAGCUGUAUGGGAACAAAGGAUGGUUUAAUUUUCAAUUAGAAAGGUUUUCAAUCAAAAAUUACUUUAAACAGAAUUUGCAAUAAAGGAAGUGUAAACUUUAGAUGACGCUACAUGACUUGUUUAGGAAGGCUGUGUAAGACACAUGCAGGAAUGUAUGAAUAGGGUUGUAUAAACAAUGCGAUUUAACUUCUAAAUGACAGAGAAUUGAGCAGUGAGACUACAGGGGCAUGAUCCAUACACUAAAGCUGCUUCAUUAAAGGAUCACUAUAGUGUCAGGAAAACAAACUCGUUUAAAUCCCUUCAGCUACUUACUUUUAUCCAGCGCCGGGCUCCCUCUGUGCUGGUGACCUCUCCUCCCUAGCUGACGUCAGCUCCCAAGUGGAGCUGAAUGCGCAUGCACCCAGACCAAUUCAUUGAGCUAAAGUGGUCUGGGAGACUAUAGUGUCCCUUUAAACUAGAGUUGUUUUGGUGGCUAUAGAGUCCCUUUAAUUUGCAUAGGUUUUCGAAUUAGACACCUCUGGGUACAAUUCUGUCAUUAGUGAUUUUGUUAUAAAACUAAAGAAAUUUUUUUAAAGUGUUCGCUCUACAAAUAACAACAAAACACCACUAUACUUAUGCUUUAAAGAUUGUGGAAUCCAGUGACCAUGUAGUAAGUAUAGUGGUGGAGAUUUAUUUAUUUAUUUUUAUUGAUAUUAUUUUGAUAUUUAUAGUGCGAGUGGACACUAGAAGUGUGGCACAUACACAAAAGAAAUGUAUUGCUAUUUAUUGUUGGGUUGUUUUUUUGUUUUGUUUUGUUUUUUGGGUUUGGGGGAGGUUUCCAUGAUUUGUUUUUAGAUUCUUCUAUUUUUUGAAAGCUUUGUACGUCACCAAAUUUUAUAUUUAAUAGCCUUGACCCAGAUACAGGAAGACGUUUUGUACAAAACUGUUAUACAAGACUAGAAAAUACAUUCUUGUCUGAAGCCAUUUUAUUACACUUUCUCCUGAAAGGAUACUCCAAGCACCAUGACCACUUCAGUGAUUUAAAGUGGUCAUGUUACCUGGAGUCUUUAUGUGCAGUAUUUUGCUACAGUACAUUCCAUAUACAUGCAGCAUAUACAUUCUCCACCACCGGCAGCAUUAUCAGGGCACCAUUUGCCAGCCCAGAACAAGAGUUCCGUGUGGCAAAUGUUACCCCAUGCAAAUUUGGUGUCUGACACCAGAAUGCUUGCAAUGCUGAUGCCACACAGCCAACUGCGGCGCAGCCUCUAUUUACGUGCCUCCCAUGUCCUCCCCUCAAAGGGGGACACCAUAUAGAAGGGGUUUCCCUGCUCGUACACAAUAUUUUCUUAAAACACUGUAUUGGAUGUAGUUGACAUUUUAAGCUCCCCUAAAUAUAGUAUUUCUUGUUUUUAAAUGUCACGCUUUACUUUAUUUUCUAUUUGUUUGUAACUGUAAUUUUAACCCACUCCCAACACCAGUUGUGCGAGUACAUCAUGGGCGAACAAGAAAUCUCAUGCCACGACCGUUGCUCAGCCCAGCCCUAUGAUCACUGAGAGCCAAUCAGUUAUCUUUUGACCUAACAGGGCACUCCAUGCACCUACACAACUUUUAGUUUCAUAAAUAUGCUCUAUUUUUAUAUGCUCAAAUCUUUGUGGUAUUUGCAUAAGUUAAAUGUUUUGCAGAAUGCUGCACCAUAAGCCUACUUCUUCAGCUACACCUACUCACUCCAGAAAAAUACUUCCUUUUUAAAUGUAUGUGCAUAGUCUCGGCCUCAACAGCACAGAGUGGGCAGCUUUUAAUUCACAACCUGGCUGCAGACAGUCUUAGAAACUACAAACAGGCAGUGAUCUCCUUACCGUAUGCCAACCAGGGUGUCCUCUUCUUCUAAUGGGCCGACAUUCCCAAAAAAACGCAAACCAGCGGGAACAAGGACACCAAUGAUAUCGGUUCCCUGCUACAACACACCACGGCCCAAAAAGCAUCUGCCACUCCAGAUCCGGAGGUCUGCUCCACGUGCUCUGACUUGCCUGCGGAGACACCAGCUGCACUGACAAUACCUACAACAGGGCCACAAGGGAACACACGGGAUCUCGCCAGCAAGGAGGAUAUCCGCAACACUAUGCUGGAAAUGCGGCAGAUGUGGAGUUAGUGCGGACAGACGUCCAGGCAUUGACAGCCCGGGUACCGACAUCUGAGGAGGACACCAUGGAGCUAAAGCAAGAGGUGCAGGGACUCAAAAACUCCAUUCUUCAGCUUCAAGCCUCACACACUUUGGCUCUCACUAGGCUGGAUCUUACCGAAGACCGCAACCGGAGAAUAAAUGUCAAGAGAAAAAUUGUCCGCUGCUACUCGAUCUCUGACAAGAAUUGAAUAAUGGCAGCAGUACGGAACAAAACUAUGUUUGACCUUCAAUCCUCCUGACUCUUAUUCUUCCAGGAUUUGACAAGCACACUGCAGCGGAGAUGGUCAUUAGGAUCCAUAACCAAACCGCUACGCAGCGCCAGAGUGGAAUACAUAUGGGGCACACCGAGGUCUCUGAAUGUGGUCACCAACGGGGUCACCGCAAAACCUACCUCCCUCUCCGAGGCUGCUUCAUUCCUGCACUCACUGGGACUCUCCCCACAGCCCUGGGACAUAGCGGAACCCUCCACAUCCCACAGAUGGGACCCUGCACUAUCCAGUUUAAACCAUGCCGAGGAGAGAGACUGGGGGCAGCCACCUGAAAGGCUCUACAAAGAUGCCGCAGUGACCAAGUUAUAUAAGUUCAAUUGAGUUUCAAUGUGUUGCAUAUGUGCUUUUUCAAAUAUAAUUAUCAGACACACUGACCCAUACCCAGACACAUGUGGACCGUAAGGCAGGUCCUCUCACCACAGACAGUAGCUUAAGUCAUUAGCUCAUAUUGGUCCCCACACGUUACACUCUCUCCCACCACACAAGGCUCCCAUUGGUUAGGAGUCGAACUCCGACGUGUACAAAGAAGGUUCCGGGCACCCUGUCCCAAUCCCUAACCAGAUAUACCCCCCACGGGAGCUCAGUCCCCACAACACACGAGGCCACAGUAGCAAUAGACCUUGCCCCUCAGACACAGGACGGAAGUCUCACAUCUUGGUCUGCUAGACGUCCGAAUACCCUCCUGACGCGACCCGAUUCCCUAGAACGUCCUGACUCAACUCUACUAAGCUAUUUAGAGAAGGAUAUCGGCUGCCUGGACGUCCUACGUAGGGCAGCAGUCUAGCUCACAAACUGAGACUCUUAUCUUCCCAACAGACUCCCCUAAACUUCUUAUGGCUGACUUAAUCCGAUAGGUCUCAACCGUUUUGUAGUUUUAGCUCUGCCAUUACCAGGGUUGGUCUUCUUCCCUCUCGGAGGUUAGUUUAAACUUAGCUUGUUGAAUAAGACUAAGAAAGGGGCGGAGCCUGACAGCCAAGCUGAGUGGUCGCACCUCAGCAAAGCUCCUGUCUAAAUAACCUGAAAAACGAGCAAAAACCUGCAAAUUCAAUGCUUUUUACACUCCAGACACUGGGGCUUAAUAUCGAAACAAUGCAUAACCGAGCCUGGGACCGCAAAAUGCGACAGAUUCCAGGGGAUGGACCUGAGGCCUACCUGCGGCCUACUCAGGAAGCAUGGGGGAGGCAGCCGAUCCCUCAGCCGACUGCAGCCUGUAACAAAGGAGGUCUCUCUGGAACACUCCCGGCAACCAGAGCAUGUGGAUCAGGAUGGAGAAACCGAGCUCAGCCACCUUGCACCGCCGGACCGCUGACACACGGCAUGGCAGAGACCACUUGGCUCCCAGCAUCCAAGCCCAGCUUGCCUCCACUGUCGCAGCGGCUAGACCGCCUAUUCAGCGAUUUAUAUAUUUUAUUUAUGUAUUUAUUUAUUUAUUUAUUUAUUUAUUUAUUGGGCCAAACUCACCAGCCGCAGAGACACCCGGGCACAAGUCCCACCGGCAUCAGCCACAAAGGACAGUACACAGCAGCCUGCAGCUCCGGUGCGGAACCCGAGAAAGAUCGAGAUAGCAGGGAGUGAGAGGCGGAAGAAACGUCGAAAGCCCCAGCGCCCGACUCUUAGACCAUUGGUGAGUUGCCCAAAGCCUCAACGGAGACUAUCUCCAGGGCUGCCCCAUCACCACCCCUCUCACCCGCAAAAAGUCCGCUCUAAGAACUGGCCUAGCACACUCAGGCAGGUUCCGUCUCAGAACAGCAGCCCACUGGGUCUAAAGGCACACAGGACUCCCGAACACUCACCACUCCAAGUCACCAGGAAACCUAGAGGCAGCACGGAGCCAACUCACUGCCCAACGAACGGGAGUGCUUGGUCCACUCGCUCCCCCGAGAGGCGGCAAAACAUAUGGCUGUGACAUACCCCUGGCAGGUGUUGGCUGACCGGGACAUUUGAAAUCACAGAUGAGUCAUUUACCCUAUGCCUCAUAAAGUCCCUACCUGCUACUAAGGACGUUUUCUUGUUCCCCUGAGAAACAUAGUGUUACUCCUAUGCUCAUAUGCUAUGCCCUACAACUCACACGCUAACCUACUGCAAUUAUCAUGUAUUCCUAUCGACUAACAACACUAGUAUAAACAUGUGCCAAACUUUUAACAAAGCACAACCUCUACACACUCUCUAGGGCUAUGUAUAAUAACAAUGUUCAGCCUGCAUAACACUCCACAGCCUCAAUAGACUUAGCAUGCUCCUACAUUCCUGUAUUAACCCAUGAAACUGUGCAAAGUUAAUGACACACAACUGUUUCUCUAUGUCUAAGUCUUUAAUUUGCUAUCACUACUAAGCUUAUGACAUUAUCUUGUUUAUAUAACUACUUUAAAAAAAAAAAAAAAAAAGUGCAAUGUUGUUAAUGCUAUGUGAUUAAGAAUGUUUGCAAACUCGACUGUACCAGCUAUUGUGGCAGUACAAAUUCGCCUGUUACCCUUAUGCACGAAUAAAAAUAAAGAAUUAAAAAAAUACUCAAAAAAAAAAAAAAUAAGACUAAGAAAAAGAUAAGAAUCUCCUAUUCUGACCUAGUGGUUUAUCUAGGUAGAAAACCUCAUACCUACCAAUGUUUCAGGUUUUAUGUUUAUGGUUGUGACACUUAGGCUUUUGAUUUAAACAUGUGUACUCCCUUUAUCACAAAAAGUGCAAUGUAUUUGAUACCAUGGUCCUGUGAUACAGUGACAAAAUAUGUUUGCACCAGCUGUUGUAGCAGUGCAAAUUGGCAUGUUUAAUCUAUGCAUGAAUAAAAUAAUUAUAUAAAAAAAUAGUGUAUGUAUGUAUAUAUGUGUGUGUGUGUGUGUGUGUGUGUGUGUGUGUGUGUGUGUGUGUAUGUAUAUGUGUGCGUGUGUGUGUGUGUGUGUGUGUAUAUAUAUAUAUAUGUGUGUGUGUAUGUAUGUAUAUAUAUAUGUAUGUGUGUGUAUGUAUAUAUAUAUAUGUAUGUGUAUGUAUGUAUGUAUAUAUAUAUAUGUAUGUGUAUGUAUGUGUAUAUAUAUAUAUAAAAUUAUUUUUUAUUUUAUUUUUUUUAAAUAAAAACUCAAAUCAUGGAAAUUCACGUUGAGCCCACACAAAAAAAACACUCAAUGUUCUAUACAUACACACAUACAAUAUAAUAAAGAAAUAUAGUAUGUGUGUAUGUAUAUAACAUUCAGUGAGGUUGUUUGGUUUUUGGGGGGGGGCUUGAUUUGAAUUUUUAUUUUAGGAAAUAUGGUGGGGUAGGCUUAGCAGUUACUGUAUGCAUUGUGAAUUAAAAACAAAUUAUAGGUAAUAAAGUAGUAUUUGUUGAUAAGUUGUUGGUGUUUUUGUUUUUUAAAUAGGUAUGGUCUAUGUAGAGGUAGUUGGGGGUGGGUUUAGGUAUUCGUUAAAUGGUGGAGUUGUGUACAGAUUUUGUAAUAGACCAGAAAAGUGUUGGGGUUUUUUUUGGUUUGUUUGUUUGGCUUUUUUCCCACUCACUUAUGUUUAUUUUAAAUAUUCUAAAUAAAGCAUUACAGGAAGAGAAUGAAAUCACUAUUGAACAAGUGCACAGCAACUCUUGCGAAAUUGCAUGUCUUUUGUGCUAUAUACAGGCUAUAUCCGGCAUUUAUAGCAAGAGGUGGUGACCAAUAGGGUAUAUCCGUUAUCACUAUGGUUAUAUGGGAAUUCUUCAUGUUUUAUGAAGAAAUACUUGAACACGUUCAUUGCCAUUGCGUUAGUGGGUAUAAUUUGGGUCUUUUGUUACAGUACAUCUUUAAGUGUAUUAAUUAGCAUUGUGAGAUUUUCAUUUAAUUAAAGAAAUUGCCGUCUCCCAUUUCCUCAGAUGAAUGAUAACUUGGUGGAGAACUGGGGCGAUUUAGAAGAGCUGAGUGGAGCACUAGCACUGCAGACCGUAUAUCUGGAAAGGAACCCUCUGCAGAAAGAUGCCCAGUACAGACGUAAAAUCAUGCUGGCCUUGCCAUCUGUUCGCCAGAUUGAUGCAACCUUUGUGCGCUUCUGAGUUGGUCUCUUGAGUUCCUCUUUACUGCUUACUGUAGCUGCUCAGUACCAAUUCCAAAUGUAUGCAUAAGACUUACAGACCUUCUUGUAUUUCAUUGCCAUCUGCUAUUUUGUUGUAUUUAUACUCCUCUAAUCGAGCACUACACUUCCCUGCAUGAUCCACAUGCCAUCUCUGCACUCCCUCAAUCAGUACGAAGAUGCUGGUACUGGCUUUCCUUUCUCAUAACAUACCCAUUUGCUUCUCUAGGCAGAGGAGAUGUAAUACAUAAAGACUCUGUCAGCUUCCCUACUAUCUAAAACCAUUAGAAUAUGGCCAGUGAUGAUGAGGCAUCUUACGUUAUGGAGUACCUCAUUGCAGUAGUGCUUAAAUUGGCAUUGAGCUGUUGUUUCCAUAAAACCUUAGCUGAAUGAACUUUUAUUGUUUUUAUCAUUUGAUCACCUCCCAUGUCUUGUACACACCAGAACCUGUAAUAAUUUAUGUUGGUCUAAAGCAUUCUCAAUGCAUGUUUGAAAAAGGAAAACAAAUGAAACCAUCAUUGCUUCUGCAAUCCUUCAUAAACCUAGAUGAUGGAGAGUUUGUGUAAAUGAUGUUUAGAAGCUGAAAUGCUGCCUUGCGUCAUUUGAUAAACAUGUUUCUUUUCCACAGGGGCCCAUGCUGGGCAACACCUUUCCAGGUCCCAAACACAUUCAUAAAUGGCCUCCAGUAUACUUGGUCUUUUCCUACCUGUGCUUCAUGUCAGAUGUAGUCCAACAGCUGCUGCAAGUCUGUUGUUUCCUAGUUGUGUGUGUGUGUGUGUCUGUGUCUUGAUGAUCACUAAGCUAAAUCUCUCCUUCUGAGAUUUAGCCUAUGUUACACUGCAUAGAAAAAGUACCUCCUGACUUUCUGUAAAGCAGAAACGUUUAAACCAAUACACUUACUGUAUCCUCAGCAGGACUUUUAAUUCUCCAAGUGCUUUUCGUGAGAGAAGCUGUUGUCUGAUAAGCAUGGAGCUUCUUCUCUCAGUAUGAUAAACCUAGUAAGGAACAUUAGCACAGUAAUAGUUGAAGCCAAUAUAAGGUUGAGUUGGAUUAGGGUAGUACAGGUUUCAUCUGACGAUGCAACGUGGGAUUAACAUUCCAACAAAGCUGCUCUGUUGUAUUCCUCUACUGCUGCAUAAAAAACUAUAUUAACUUCUUCUAGUGUGCCUUCCCAAAUGUGUACAAUUACAAUUGGCUUUAAUCGGUUGCAGUUCCUUUACUUCCAUUGUACUGCCAGAAACUCCUAAAAUUUAAAAUUAUCCACUUCUAUCUUGCGCCAAGAAUGCCUUAACUAAAUACUGAAUAUUUUAGUCUAGCACCAUCAGACCUCCAAAAUAUUUAAGCACAGGAAAUAAAAUAUACACACAAUCUCUCUGGUCACAGACUGUUGCAUUUCUAAUACAUUAUUUUAAUGCCUCACUUUUCACUUAUUUAUUUAUGCUCUGCUAGUAAGUAGUGAAAUGUAACUGGCUUGUACUAUGAUUUUUAUUUUAUUUUUUGAAAUUUUUUAAGAAACAAAGGUUCAAAUAUUUAAUAUGGACAGGGGCAAAUGCCUGUACCCAAUGUUGAGUAACAUGAACAUUUCCAAACAUAUCCUUGGUAGUUUUCACUUUAUGAAUCUAGCUUUGUGUUGCGCAGUCUGUAGCUCUCUGGAUUUUGGUAAACUACAAAUCCCAACAUGCUCUACCAGAACACCAUGCAGAACCACGGUUUGUACCUCUACGAAGCUAUCACACUGGUUCAAAUACUGUUAAAUUUUGCUUACUGAACCAAAUGUAAUUUCUUCCAUCACAAACUUUAUGUAUUUAUUUAGUCAAUCCUAAAAUUCUUUGCAAAUGAAAUUUGAAAUAUUAAUGUAUUAUUCUUAUACAGUUAAAAUGUUGUAGGGGUUUUGUUUGAUGUUCAACAAAUGCAAGCAGGGGGGAAACUAUAACUUCUAAAAGAAUAUUUGUUGGUUUUCUGUUUUUGUUUUUUUUCCCCCUCUUUGUUUAAACCAUUACAUAUAUGAAAUGUGUAACAUUAAAGUGCAUCAAGUUUGAACGUUUUACAAUGUCAUUUUAGUAUAUAAAAUAAAUUCAUAAAUAAGACUUCCAUGUGAAGGAAAAACUAAAACGGGAAAGAAAGAGAGAGGAGUGGGGGGAACCACACGAGAUGUAUCCAUGAGCUCACAUGCCUAAAAAUAAAUUUAAAAUGGUCAAUGCCAGUCUCUGGUACUCAAGAGUUCAACGUUGGGAAACAAUGGUUGAUCGUUUAUACCUGGAUCUCCACUGUUCUGCUAGUGCCCUUCUUAUGAUCAGGAGUAUCAUCUGCUGCAAGUUUAAUGGUGGUUUUUAAUUAUUUAAAAUUUUAUUUAAAGUUGGGUCACAUUGCUAAUUCUCAAAAACAAAUGAUUGGUACAGGGUUUUUUUUCAGGAUCCCCACUGCGAUAAAAUUUGGAAGUGCAUAAAUUUUGGACUGUUCGUAUGCCUUGAGGACCGAAUUGACCAUCACAGGUCUAGACAGGAGAAAUACCUGGUGUCGUGGAUGGUGGAAAAUCUCCUGAUGACAUUUUUUAGAUGUUCUCUUAACUCGAUAAAAUAUAUUGAAUUUUAUAUUUUGCCUGUCUGGUUUGUUUUUUGGACUAAGGCAUGACUAAAGGGAAAAUAAAUAGAAUGAGAAUGCAUUGUAAGGGUACUUAAAUACGUGGGAUGCAGGGGUGAGACAGCAUUGCAGGGGUUAACUGGGUUCAUAGCCAGAGAUUACCUGUGGACGAGAGUAGAGGGAUGCCAGAUUAGUUUACAGUCCAGGUAUGUGGAAGAAUUGAAUAUGCGGAGUUAGUUCCCUUGGUAAACUCCUAGAAUUCAGGGCACUUAUAGGAAGUUGGCACUUGAUGAAUAGUGGCACACAGAUGGAAUGUGGCCUGUGCUCCUUACGGUCGUAUGCUCGUAUAUUCGCGUGUGUGUAUAUAUAUUCAAAUGUCUGAUGGGAAUACAAUUUCAAAGCUCUGUUCUAAAAACAAAAAUUUUUAA